GGAGCGGCGCGCGGCGCGAGGGGAGCCGCGCAACCUGCGCGGGCGCCGCAGCCUGCGACUUUGCGUUCAGUCAUUGUCCGACCAACAUCUCGGUCGUACGUCCUAACACCGACCGGCGUUGUCGCUACUUCAUUCGUCGUACGAGUGCCCGUUAAACGAACGGUUUACUCCGACCCUUGGAGUGUAGGUGCAGUGCAAAGUGAUAGUGUGUUUCUAGCUAUACAACAUAAAAGUGUAUCGCUAACAAGUAUUACUGUCUGCGCUGUGUGGCGAGUUCCACGGAGUUGCCUAACGGCUGUUCGCCUGCCGGCGAGGGAAGGCGGAUCGUAUCUACCGGGAGGAAUGAGCCCCGUACAUCACAGCACCCGCACUCACCGAUGAUCUCAAGAGACAAUGUAUAUAGACACCUUACCGCUCGUGGUUUGGACGCUCUUAGUCACAACGACAAAUGUAGCGACACAAAGCCAAUAUGGAAUAGGUUUAGGAAUAAAACGAGAAGUAUUUUUCUUAAAUUUAGAAGACGGCUAUUUUGGCUGUCAAGUAAACGAAUCGACACAAAUAUUACAAUUAUAUGAAUUAUCAAAGUUAUGCGACGGUGUCAAGGAUUGCUAUAAGGGAUCCGACGAACUCAAAUUAGAGUUGAAAUGUACAGAUGAUUGUACCAAAGAAGAUGGCGCCCAAUGUAUAAAUGGUCGUUGUCUAAACGGGGUGUGCCAUUGUAAUGAUGGUUUCGGUGGAUGUAACUGCCAGGAACCAGAUGUAAAUGAAUGCAAAGAAAGGCCAUGCGAUGUUUUUGCUCACUGUACGAACACGGUCGGCAGUUUCCAGUGUUCGUGUUUCCCAGGCUACGAAGGCGACGGUUUCUCUUGUAGAGAUAUAAAUGAGUGUGAAGACCCGGCGGUAGCUUCGCGAUGCGUCGAGAACGCUGAGUGCUGCAACCUGCCAGCUCAUUUCAUUUGCAAGUGUAAUCGAGGCUUCGAAGGCGAUGGCGAAGAAGAAUGCAGGGAUAUUGAUGAAUGCCGACGACCUGGAGCCUGUGGAGCCAACGCUGUGUGUCAAAACUAUCCAGGAAACUACACAUGCGCAUGCCAAGCUGGCUAUACUGGGAAUGCAUUCGAUGGUUGCGUUGAUAUCAAUGAAUGCGAGAGCGAAGUGAGCUGCGGCCCGGGUGCUAAGUGUCGCAACGUGGAGGGUGGCUACGAGUGCAGCUGUCCGCCAGGCUAUGAGGGCGACCCUCGCGUCGGCUGUCGCGACCAGGACGAAUGCGCACGGGCUUCUUGUGGCAUUGGUGCUCUCUGUGAAAAUCUUCCCGGCGCUUUUCGCUGUGUGUGCCCACCAGGUUUCGAAGGCAAUCCAGACGUGCAGUGUAUCGACGUGGAUGAAUGUAAGAGUAGCGAAGCAGUGUGCAGCGAAAAUGCUUUGUGUACGAACACCCUCGGCAGCUUCGUGUGUACAUGCAAGCCAGAAUAUACAGGCGAUGCGCGGGUGACGGGAGGAUGCCGUGAUAUCGACGAGUGUGAAACACUUGAACAUCCUUGUGGUACAUACGCCAUAUGUGAAAAUGCUUCUCCCGGAUACAACUGUGUUUGUCCACAAGGAUAUAGAGCUAAACCAGAUGCCCAAAUCGCGUGCGAGCAGGUCGACGUAAAUACAUUGUGUAAAUCAAACUUUGACUGUACCAAUAACGCAGAAUGCAUAGAGAAUCAAUGUUUUUGUAAGGAAGGAUUUGAUGCUCGAGGAUCUGCUUGUUUCGAUGUCGACGAAUGUGCUAAAAACACUUCUAUCUGUGGGGAUAAUGCUUUGUGUAUCAACACACCAGGAACAUUUAACUGCGAAUGCGUUAAUGGCUUCGUUGGAGCUCCUCCAUCGGUGCCAUGUCGCGCCCCAUGUGAGGAUGUGAAAUGCGGUGAACACGCUUAUUGUAAGCCAGAGGGCAUAGAGGCAUAUUGUGUCUGUGAAGAUGGCUGGACUUUUGACCCAACAGAUAUAGCAGCAGGUUGUAUAGAUGUCAAUGAGUGUGACACGUCGGUUGGACCUGUCGGGCGCUGUGGUAAUAAUGCCCGUUGCAGUAAUACUCUUGGAAGCUUUUCUUGUCAAUGCCCAGAGGGGUAUACCGGCGAUGCUUACAAACAGUGUGUCGAUAUAGACGAGUGUCAAAUAGACAGCGCAUGUGGAGCUGGAGCAGAUUGUAUUAAUCAAGAUGGUUCAUAUAACUGUGAGUGUCCAGAAGGGACAAUACCUGAUCCAGAUCCUAGGGUACGCUGUGUAGAAAUACUAUCCUGUAAAAACGAUAACGACUGUCCUGGAAAUGCAGUGUGUGACCCGAAUUCUAGAUGCUUGUGUCCAGAACCCAAUGUUGGAAACGAAUGUAGACAUCCUUGCGAAGCUUUGCAAUGCGGUAGUAAUUCAGAGUGUUUAUUAAAUGACCAGAUUGCACAAUGUACGUGCAGGAGCGGAUUUGCCGGUGACCCAUCAUCUGCUACGGGUUGCCAAGAUAUAAAUGAAUGUAUUGACGAGCCUUGUGGUACUGGAGCAGUUUGCAAAAACUUGCCCGGACGUUUUCUUUGUGAAUGUCCUGGUACAUUUACCGGUGAUCCUUAUGUCGGCGGUUGUAUACCAGGCAAAAUGCCGAUUGAAUGUAGCAAUACUAAUCCUUGCCCUCAGGGAGAACAAUGUAUUUUACACGAUGGAGAAAAUGUUUGCGUUUGUACACAAGGAUUUUCUAGAAGUAAAGAAACUGGACUUUGUGAAGAUAUAAAUGAAUGUACACACCAUGGAAGAUCUCCUUGUGGUUUGAAUGCUAUUUGCAAGAACUUGCCAGGCAGUUAUGAAUGCAAAUGUCCUUCAGAGUACAGUGGCAAUCCUUACAACGUCUGUGAAUUGUGCAGCGACAUAACAUGUCAAUGCCAGCCACCUUACAGAGUAGUCGAUGGAAAUUGUGUACUCUCUGGUUGUACAAAAGAUAAUAAAUGCGGCAAAGGUGCAGAAUGUAUUAUAAUAUCUGAUGGAGUUAGCUAUUGUGCCUGCCCAGUUGGUUUCUCACAAACUGCUGAAGGGUCAUGUGAAGAUAUAAACGAAUGCACAUCUGGGCAGUCAGCUUGUGGAUUUGGAGCAGAAUGUGUAAAUACAAUUGGCUCUUUCACAUGCAGGUGUCCCCCGGGCUACAGUCAAGAUUCUAUUUCUGGACAUUGUACUUUAAAUCAAAAGCGGUGUAUAAGUGAUUCUGACUGCUUUCCAAACGAAAAAUGUAUCCAACCUGGGCAAUGUGUGUGUCCACCACCAUUUUAUUUAGAUGUUACUGACGGGCAAAAGUGUAAAAGUCCUUGUGAAAGAUUUACAUGCGGAAUUAAUUCUAAAUGUACACCAAGUGACCCUCCUCGAUGUAUGUGCAUGACAGGGUACGAAGGAGACCCCUAUACAGGAUGUACGAACAUUAAUGAGUGCCACAGCGCCCCGUGUGCGUUUGGUGCUAUUUGCCACGAUCAGAAAGGUGGCUAUCGAUGUAAAUGUCCACCAAACAUGGUUGGAGAUCCUUAUAAAAGCGGAUGUUCCAUCGAGGAAAUACCAUCAGAGAAGCGGUUAUGCACUGUAGAUGAGGAUUGUGCCAAUACCCUCGCAUGCUUGAAUAGUUCCUGCUUGUCACCAUGUACUAGUAUUUCUUGUGGGCCAAACGCAUUUUGUGAAGUAGACGAUCAUGCUGCUGGGUGUCGUUGUAAUCCAGGUUACACUAAACCAGAGGGUGGCAAAUGCGUCUCGGGAUGCGACACAUAUUCAUGCGCGUCUGGCGCUCAGUGCAUUAUAUCAAAGACUGGCCCAACUUGCGUUUGUCCAGAAGGUAUGGUUGGAAAUCCAUUCCCUGGGGGCGCUUGCAGAAGAGAUACUUGUGGACCUGGUAUACCAUGUGAGGAGCCGUUGAUGUGUGUGGCUGGUCGUUGCAGACAGCGCUGUGAUGGUGUUGUAUGUGGUGUUGGUGCUUCAUGUGAUGAGAACAGUGGCAGAUGUGUGUGCAAUGCCUUUUUCAUUGGAAACCCAGACUUACUUUGCAUGCCACCCAUAUCUCCUCCAGCAUGUGAACCCGGAUGUGGGGAAAAUGCACACUGCUUUUACGGUCAAACCAAUACUUGUAAAUGUGAUAAAGGCUUUACUGGAAAUCCUUACAAGAAGUGUCUACCACGAAGACAAAUAACAUGUGCUAAAGCUUCUUGUGGGCUUAAUGCAGUGUGUCAACAAACUAGAUCUCAUGUUGAAUGUUUAUGCCCACCCGGGUAUGUAGGAAACCCUAACAUACAAUGUAUGGACAUAGAUGAAUGUGGCAGUAAACCUUGUGCAGAAAACGCUAUAUGCAUAAAUACGCCUGGAAGUUUCAGUUGCAUAUGUAAGAGCCGAUAUGUAGGUAAUCCUUAUGAAUUAUGCUCUCAAGUUACCAUUUCAAAAUGCGCUGAUGGAAAUAUUUGCACAUGCUCCCGUAAUGCAACAUGUCCUGAAGGAUAUAUCUGUGAAAAAUCUAAAUGUGUUGAUGUUUGUCGUAAGAUGAUGUGUGGCCCAAAAUCGAUCUGUGAAGAAGGUAGUUGUCAUUGCCUCCCUGGGCAUACCGGCAAUCCUAAUGAUUUACAAAGAGGAUGUAUACCUGACAACAAGUGUAUGGUGGACGGAGACUGCAAAGAUUCGGAAAUAUGUUUCCAAGUAGCGAAAACUGUUCGUAAGUGCGUUGAUUCCUGUAGUAAACUACAAUGUGGGCCAAACUCACUCUGCAUUGGUGCAAACCAUCAGGCUCAUUGCAUCUGCGCAGAAGGCUAUAUAGGAAAACCAACAGACGUAAAAACCGGUUGCCAUUUGCUUGUAAAGGAACCUGAUGAAAUGGAAUGCAAUGAAAAUAGUGAUUGUACCGAACCUCAAGUUUGUAUUUCAAUAGAUAACACGGCAAGGCGUUGCAUAGACGUGUGCUCAACAAUAGCAUGUGGUGCUAAUGAAAUAUGCAGCGUUAUAGAAAAUAAUCCCAGAUGCGAAUGUAGAGAAGGCUUUCUAUGGAACCCAGUUAAUUCUAAUUGUGAACAACCAACAACUCCGAAUUGUAAUUCAGAUAAUGAUUGCGAUGAUAAUCAAUCCUGUCAAAAAGAUGUCCUGGGAGUUAACAAAUGUGAAGACAGCUGUGCCCUGUUCACUUGCCCUCAAAAUUCUAAAUGUAUAACAAAAAGUCAUAAAAGUCAAUGUGAAUGUUUAAGUGGUUUUGCUGGAAAUCCUAAUGAUCGAGAUGGUUGUAUAGCUAUUAACAAAAAUCAAUGCUCAGAUGACGUUCAAUGUCGAGAAAAUGAAGUAUGUAAACUUGUAGGAGACGUUAGAAAAUGUAUUUCUGCAUGCCACCAAAAAAUCUGUGGCCCUAAUGCUGUCUGCGUUACUAACAACCACAUUGCAAAAUGUCAGUGCCCAUCGGGUCCGUUUACAGGAAAUCCGAAUGAUUUAGAAAAGGGAUGCCAAUCCGUACCAUGCAUUUAUAACGCAGACUGUCUUUCUAAUGAAUUAUGUAACCGUAUGACACACAGAUGCAUGAGUGCUUGUGGAGAAGACUCGUGCGGUGAUAAUGCCGUUUGUAUUGCUGAAAAUCAUAAAGCAAGUUGCCAAUGUCCUAAUGGAUUCAAACCUGAUCCUAUUCCUGAAGUCAAUUGUAGAAAGAUCGAAGUUUGCAAUCCGAAUCCUUGCCAUUCUACAGCUAUUUGCGAGCCAAGACGUUCAUCAUAUGUAUGUCGAUGCCCUACAGGCUUUUUAGAGGAUCGUAAUGGUGGGUGCAGGAAGCAAGAUGAGUGCACGACAGGCGAUGAAGACUGUCCAUUGGAAACAGCAUGCGUCAAUGGACAUUGUGUAAACCCUUGCGAUGGUGCUUGUGGUAUUAACUCGCUGUGUAAAGUAGUAAACAGAAAAGCUAUUUGUGUAUGUCCUGAUGGUUACGAAAAUAUGAAAGGAAAUGCAUGUAAGAAAAAGUUAUUGGUUUGUAAUAGUGAAUCAGAUUGCAACGGAGAUAUUUGUUCAAAUGGACAGUGCUUUACAACUUGCAUAAAUUCAACUCAGUGCGAUCCUGGAGAUUCAUGUGUGAAAAAUUUCUGCGUUAUACAAUGCACAAAGCACGCACAAUGUGGGAUAGGACAAGCUUGUGUUGCAGGACAAUGUUUGAUCGGUUGCAGAACUCAAGAAGACUGCCCUAGCGAAGAGGCCUGUGUCAAUAAUAAGUGCGUCAAUCCAUGCCUAUCAACGAGAGCUUGUGGUCCAAAUGCGAUUUGUUCGAGAAUUAAUCAUAAUACCAAAUGUGAAUGUCCUCUCGGAUUUCAAGGUACUCCAACACCUCAACAGGGAUGUGUUAGAAAGCCAAGUUCAUGUGCGAGAACAGCUGAGUGUCCUCCUGACCACAUGUGUAUUGGAUAUCUAUGCCAAGUACCCUGUCAAGAUAAUUCUGGAUGUGCUAUUGGCGAAAAAUGUAAUGAUAACAGAUGCCACAAAAUUUGUCAUUCGAGCAGUAACUGUUUACAUGGAGAGCAUUGCAGUUCUGGCGUAUGUAUUCCUGGUUGCAAAACUGAUUCCGACUGCUUAAACAAUCAGUUGUGUAAAUCAUCCGAAUGUCAGUGCCUUCCAGGUUUUGAACUAACCAGCGAUGAAUGCACAAAUAUAAAUGAAUGUCUUAAAAAUCCUUGCCAUCCAUCGGCCCAAUGUGCAGAUACGCCAGGUUCUUAUAAGUGUGUAUGUCCAGUUGGAGCUAUCGGUGAUCCAUAUGCAAGUGGUUGUUUAUUGCCAAAUCAAUGCAGAAAUGACAAUCAAUGUGAAGACUCACUUGCCUGUAUAAGAGGAAAAUGUUCAAAUCCUUGUCAAACAAAAACUUGUGGUAUAAAUGCAUUGUGCUCAGUAGAAAAACAUAGAGUCACAUGUACCUGCGAAAAAGGUUUCUUAGGAAAUCCAUUUGACAAAAAGAUUGGUUGCUUCAAGGUGGAAUGUAUAGAGGAUCCUGAUUGUUCUACAGACAAAUUCUGCAACACAAGAAAUAACAAGUGUUCUGAUAAGUGCGAGGAUUCUGCGUGUCUAGGUGGUACGUGUACUAUAGAAGAUCAUAAACCAAUAUGCACUUGCCCAACAGGAUACGAUUUGGCGAACAAUGUUUGUGAGGAUAUAAAUGAAUGUUUAAACAAUCCAUGCCCUUUGAAUGCAAAUUGCUUAAACAGCCGCGGAUCUUAUUCGUGCAGCUGUGUCAAUGGAACAAUAUUAGAUUCAAGUUCAGGAAACUGUAGAAUGCCCGGAGAAUGCUUUUCCGAUGAUAGUUGUUCCGACAAAACAAAAUGUAGUGAUAACCAUUGCAUUGAUCCCUGUGAGAAGUCAUCGCCAUGCGGAGUAAAUGCGGAAUGUACCGUUACAAAACAUAAUCCUGUAUGUGAAUGUCCUCCUGAUAGUCAAGGCGAUCCCUACAAAGUGUGCACGAAAUUUGAAUGUACUAAAGACAGUGAUUGUUCAUCGGAAGAAGCGUGCGUUAACUAUAAAUGCAAAAAUUCAUGUAGCAUACCGAGGGCAUGUGGAAGAAAUGCUGAGUGCCUAUCUAGAAAUCACAUAGGCCAUUGUACGUGUGCAUCUGGAUAUACUGGAGAUCCCGUACUCGGUUGUGUCCCUAUUCAAUAUUGCACAGAUGACAGUAGAUGCUCUUCAGGAACUAAGUGCGUCGAUAAUUUAUGCGUAGGCUUAUGUAAAAAUUCAAGGGAUUGCUUAAAUGACCAAUUGUGCAUCCAAGAUACAUGUCGCAUAACCUGUGACUCUAACAGCACCUGCCCAGAUUUCCAAUUCUGUUUAAACAGAAUUUGCACUAAAGAAGUCCAGUGCCUAGCAAACGAAGAUUGCGAUGAUGAUGAAAGGUGUACUGUUGGGAGAAAAGGUGUACCACAGUGUGUUAAAGUGUGUGAGCGACACCCAUGUGGUAGACAAGCAGUAUGUAUCGGUAAAAAUCAUCAACCAACCUGCUCUUGUGCUCCUGAAUUUUUCGGUGAUCCUUUACAAGGAUGUAAAAGAAAGGAAUGUGAAACAGAUUCACAAUGUUCUGAAGAUAAACAAUGCCACCAAAAUAUGUGUAAAAUUGCAUGUCUCGUCGAAAAUACGUGCGGAGAAAAUUCUAUAUGUUCAUCAGAAAAACACCGUCAUGUGUGUUACUGUCAACCUGGUUACACUGGAGAUCCGAUAAAAGGAUGCCUUAAAAUCAACAGAUGUGCAUCUAAUCCUUGUGGUAAUGGUGCCGAGUGUAAAAAUUUGAGGGAUCGCGCUCAAUGUUCUUGCCCGCCUGGUUACGUUGGAAAUCCCUACGAGGAAGGUUGCCGCAAAGCUCAGGAAUGCAGGUUUAAUAGAGAUUGUCCCACAGUAGCUCGUUGUACUGUUGUAGAUGGAAUUCGUAAAUGCACAGAUGCGUGUGAAUCCGUUAAAUGUGGUGCAAAUGCCGAAUGCACAGCUGCACGUCACUUGGGUCAAUGUAAAUGUAAGAAUGGAUACGUCGGAAAUCCUACCAGCGAUAAAGGUUGUCGUCUGCGUGAAAUAUCGUGCAAGCUUCGUAGUGAUUGUGGUGAAGAUCAGUAUUGUCACAAAGGUCUAUGUAAAGGCUUAUGUCUCGUAGACGAAGAAUGUGGAACGAGUGAAAAGUGUUCAAAUGGUCAAUGUAUCAACCCGUGCCAAAUGGAAAAAACGUGUGGACUGAACGCUAUGUGCCGAAUCGAUAACCACGUAGUCCAAUGCAGCUGUCCUAACAGUUUUACAGGCAACCAAGAUAUUGAGUGUGUCAGAAUGCCAAGGUUAUGCGGUUCCGCGGGAGAGUGCGAAGACGAUUACAUGUGUCAAGAUUCUAUGUGUGUCCCUCAGUGUAAGGCAGAUGAAGAAUGUGCUUUAAAUGAACGAUGUACUAAAGGCGCUUGUUUGUUAACCUGCCGCGUAGAUAAUGACUGUUUCUUGGGACAUAUAUGUUUGGGACACAGUUGUCAGUAUGGAUGUAGGCACGAUGAAGAUUGUGGACCCGAUGAAUUCUGCAAAAACAAUGUAUGCCAAAACCCGUGUGAUAAUGACAUAAACCCAUGUGGGCCCAACGCCGCUUGCUCUGUCACGGAACGAAAAGCUUCUUGUACGUGUCUAGAGGGAUUAAUACCUAAUCCGACACCUAAUAUUGGAUGCGUGCGCGCCCCAUCCCUGAAUUGCCACAUGCAUACGGACUGUGCAACCGGAUGGAGAUGUGAAGACGAUCGCUGUCGCCCUACUUGUACCGCUGAUGGCUCUCAAUGCCUACAGGGAGAACGAUGUGAUUCGGGCGUCUGUCGCUACGCUUGCACUUCAGACGAACAAUGUUCGGACGAGGAAGUAUGCGAUGGUCGUAUCUGUGUCACAGGCUGCAGAUCAAAUUCUGACUGCUCAAAUCAACUUGCAUGCUUAUCUGGACAGUGUGUUGAUCCCUGUACUGAACCAGCUACCUGUGGAGCGAACGCUUUAUGUACAGCCAAAGAUCACCUACCCGUAUGCACAUGCCCGCCAACAUUAUAUGGAGAUCCUAAAGCCGUUUGUAGAAGAACAAUGUCACCUUGCGAUUCAAACAAGAAUUGUCUUGAUGGGUUUAACUGCUAUGGUGGAACAUGUCAUCCUUCAUGCAGAAGCGAUAGCGUUUGCUUGUCAAACGAAAAAUGCAUUCGGGGCAUAUGUAGAGUAGUUUGCAACAGUGAUGAAGCCUGUAGUGAAGGAUACAUUUGUGAAAACAGGAUUUGUAAACAAGGUUGUCGUGACGAUAACGCUUGUGAUGUUAACCAAGCAUGCUUAAAAGGACAAUGCAAAGAUCCCUGCAGUCAAAAUGCAGUCUGCGGUAUUUGCUCUGAUUGCAAAGUUCAAAAUCAUCGCGCUCAAUGCAGUUGCAACAGCAAUUAUACUGGAAAUCCUGUUGUUGAAUGCAAGAAGAAAACCAUGCUAUGCGACGGAUUUUGUCCUUGCGACGACAGUGGCUAUUGUGUUUCACUAUGUGAAGCUGACACCGAUUGUUCAUGCGGCGAGAAAUGCUUGAAUGGGGGAUGUAGAACUGUUUGUUCUGUUAGAAAUAAAUGCCCUGAGAGACAAAUAUGUCUUCAAAAUGUCUGUAUACCUGGAUGUAAUCACGAUGCUCAUUGUGGAGACGAUAUGGUAUGUUCCUCAAAACGUUGUAUAAAAGCAUGCCAAGAAGGAACUUGUGGCAAAGAUGCUGCUUGCUUUGCUGUGCGCCACCGAGCUAUAUGUAAGUGUCCAAGUGGAUACACUGGUGAUCCUGCUGAACAAUGUAAAGCCUAUGAAUGUGCCCAAAAAGAAGACUGCGACGCUGACGAAGAAUGCGCUGACGGCAAAUGUAAAAAUAUAUGUUUAGGAGCGUGUGGUGUCAACGCCAUUUGUCGAUCAGUAAACGGAAAUCCUGAAUGCUCAUGCCCUCCAAAUUUCAUUGGAAAUGCUAAAGUGGAAUGUUCUAAGCCGGCAGCUGGCAGUUGCUUGAGAAAUCCCUGCGGGUUGAGUGCACGCUGUCGUGACUUAGAAGAUGGUAAUUACGAGUGCACGUGCCCUCCUAACUGCGCCGGUAAUCCCAACAAACAGUGCUUCUGUGGAGCCAUGGAGCCUUGUGCCUUUAAAUCAUGUGGAACCAACGCACAAUGUCAUAUCGGAGCUAAAGGCGAAGCGCAAUGUUUCUGCCCACGAAACUAUCCUAACGGUGACCCCAACAUAGAAUGUGCCCAGGAACGAAGUGUUGUUGAUUGUAGAACCACAGGUUGUGGUAUUAAUGGGGAAUGUUUAAGAGAAGGCGCAGAAUUUGUUUGUAGAUGUAUUCCCGGCACAGAAGGACAGGCCGAUGUUGAAUGCCACACCAGUAUCGAAUGUACGAGCGACAAGGAUUGCCCAGUAGACAGAGCGUGUUUGAGCUUGCACUGCGUGGACCCUUGCACGGUGCGUGGUGUGUGUGGAGAAGACGCUCUCUGUGUGCCUCUGAUGCACAAAGCUCAGUGUACGUGCCCUCAGUGCUACGUGGGACAGCCGCGCGUCGCAUGCCGCAUAGAUCCGACUUGCAAACCCUCUGCCGAACAUAAUGCCACAUUUACUUGUUCUGACACUAAAGCCUGUCCAUCGAAAUUAGCAUGUGAUCUAAGCACUAAUUUAUGUCGUAACCCAUGCAUGGGAUACCAAAAUUGUCGACGUAAUCAAAAAUGUGAAGUGCGAGAUCAUAGACCGAUUUGUGUAUGUCGAAAUGGAUUUGCUUUAAAUGAAAAGGGUGAAUUGACUUGCGCACCAGAACACGCAGAGUGUACAAGAGACGAACAGUGUCCGUCUAAUGCGGCCUGCCGUAAUUCCAAGUGUGUGAAUCCCUGCCAAGCGUCUGUGGAGCCCAUGUGUCCAAAGGGUAAACAAUGUGAAGUAGUUGAUCACCGCGCCAUGUGUGUAUGUGUCGAAGAAUGUAACCCAUCGCUAUCGAUUUGCUUAAGAGACAGUGGAUGUCCGAGCAAUUUAGCAUGCAAAGACUUCCAAUGUAAAGACCCUUGUAAAGGCGCUUGUGGUGGUGCUCCGUGCUCAGUAGAAGAUCACCACCCUGUUUGCAAGUUUUGUCCUAUUGGAUUCACACACGAUGAAAAACAUGGCUGCACUAAAGCCACAGAGUGCGGCGGUCAUGAGCACUGCGCUCCUACACUGGCGUGUGUCGGAGGCCGGUGUGCCGACCCCUGCGCGCGCGGCGGUCCCUGUCUUAAUGGCGAUCACUGCGCCGUUGUCGACCAUCAACCUGUUUGCUCUAAAGUAUGCCAGUGUCAAAAGUCAUCUGACUGUGCGAGAUAUCCAAACACAUUCUGCGACGGUUGUGCAUGCGUUCGAGAAGAAAGACAUCCGCAAACAAACUGUGCGCACUGCCGACCUGGCGUCCCCUGCGAUCCAUUUUCUGGUGCCUGCAUGGAAAAUGGAACUUAUGUCCCACUAACCGAAACCACUACCACAUCUGGAGGAAAAAGUGAAUCUGCCACUACUAUAGACAUGACUACAACUAAUGACCAAGUAUCGCAGACUGUUUCUGAAAAUAAUGAUUCCCCCUUUACGACUCCUAACCCAAUAACUACCAAUGACCAAACUACUGACACUAUACCGCGUACUUCAAGCGUAAUAUCAACAACAUCUCGCGAAAUUGAUACCACAAGUACCGUAACUGAUAGUGGCGUUAUAGAUAUCACAAAAUCUACGACUGAAAUGACAGAUACUCCUGUCGAUUUUACUACACUGACGUCAACAAACUUCAGUAGUUCAGAUGUUUUAGAAAGUUCUAGUUUAAGUACCACAACGUUAUCACAAAUUGAUCAAACCAUUUCGAAACUCAAUGAAGUAGAUAGAAUUAGUACCGUUAAAAUAAAUGAACAAUCGCCGCACCCAACGGAGAGUAUUGCUUUAAAUACUUCAUUGUAUAGUACUACACCUACAUCUGAUAUAUAUACUAAAACACAAUCUACUGGUAGUGACGGUAUGGUAACUAGUACUACUGAUUCAAAACUAUCUACAAAGACUGGUCAUAAAAUGACGGAAUCAAAUUUGAUCUCCACAGAUAUUAAUCAUAACGUAGCUACUACGCAAAUUACUACACCCUAUACAAAUGUAGACGACUAUCAAUCAUCAAUUGAUUCUGAUGUUCUUUUGCAAAGUAGUAGUACAAUCCAUGUGGAAAGUACUAUAAAGCCUUUCACUAAAAAAACGUUGGAAACAAAUAAUGCAACAGCAUCGGUUGAAAAUAAAAACACUAAAACCCCAGAAAAUCAAAGAAAACUUAAUAGUAAUUAUACAGGAAUUACCUUAAUACAGGACGAACCACAAAUAAAUAUAACUACUUCUAUUUCAUUUUUAAGUACAAAUUCUCCUACUUCUACAACAGACAAAGGUCUAGUAAUACAUAAUAUGGAAAAGGGUUAUGAUGAAAAUAAAACUACUCCAGUAGGGUCUAAAGCAACAAAAUACCCGACUGAAUUUACUCAAACCACACAAAUAACUGGCGAAAAUACAGGUACCGUAACCCACACAACUACUGGUUAUUCAUAUAGCGCAACGAAAUCGAUGUCAACUAGCGAUUCAACUGAUUCGAUAACAACACAGUAUAACACGCAAUCGGAAUCUUUGAAUACGAUGACGACAUUGCCGAUGGAAUUAACCCCACGAUUGACAUCUGCCAGCUCAACUGAUAUGGAAACGGUGAAUCCAAUUGAUUUGGAAAAAACAUUAGGAGGAGAAAAUACAGUAUUCAGAAGCACAACUUCAACAGAAAUAUUAAUAGAGGAGUACUCGACGACUUCUGGUAUUGAUAGUGAAACACCAGUUCAACAUUUGAUUCCUGGAGAAAUGACUUCUGUCCGUCCUGCCGAUACAGACAUACCGUAUAUCAUUGAUACUACAACGAAAACAAUACAAGAACCAGACAUGCUCACGGCUCCUAGUACUAUAGGAGUAGUAACAAAUGUUGAAGCAGUUACGAAACCUUAUACAGUGACUGAAUAUGUAACAGAUCGUUUUAUCAACAACGAACCAGACCCAACAGUGACAUCAUUAUCAGAUUCUAAAGUUGAUGAAUCUAUUACUUUACCGGCUACUUUUACUGAAUCAGUUAAUCUUGAAAAUACAUUACAAACAACAUAUAAAAUACCAGAAAAAACAGUUAUCGCAACAACUUCUAAAGAAAUUAUCGACAUUGAGGCGAAAACUACAGUUAAAGUUCCAAAUGUUGAUGGUGCUACCACUACAUACAUACCUCGCGGAGAUAUGGGUACAACUGAGUCUCUAAAAUACAAUGAUUUAACACCCGUUACUGAAGGAGGUAUCGAUUCAUCAAUGACAACAGAUCAAAGGUCAUUAAGUACUAAUACCGUCAUUAAUGGAGAUGAUGUUACCUUACCCUCUGUAAGCGAUAAGGAUCCCAUUACAAUAGAUACGAUGAAACGUGAAGGUGUUGUGACUUCAGCAACUGUAACAGAUAUUGUCUCGUCUACUUUUGUACCAGAAAUAAGAACAGAUACACCUGGUACGGUCGAAUAUAAAGAUGAUAUUACAACUCCUUCUUUCACAGAAGGAGGGUUAUAUACACUUAGUACAGUAAAAUAUAGAGAUAAUGUUAGCCCUGUAGCUGUAACAGACGAAUUAUUGGCUCGAACAGACUCUAAUAUAUAUGGAAAACAAACACAUUCUACUGUCACAGAUAUCAAUUUAGGAACGACAAACUCUGUUAAAUACGGCGCAGAUGAAAUUCCAACAUCUGUAACAACAGACACUGAGCUAAAUAAAAAAGACACUCAAACUUUGGUAACGGAUGAUAGAUUAGUUACUACUGAAACGAUGCAAUAUAGCGAUGGUAAAACUGCUACCGUUGUAACAAAUCCUAUAUUAAGUACAACAGAAACGGUUAGACAAGAAGAUGAAGUAACUGGUUCGCCUGUGACAAAUGUGGAAGAAGUGACCCAAUAUCGAGACGAUUUAACAACAAUACGUUUCACAGAUAGUAAAACAGUUACGCCGGAAAUAACGAGUAGCGAUAACAGUGACACAACCGCCGUUGUCACUUUUACAACAGGAUUACCGAGGUAUACGGACGAUUUAACUAGUUUACCAGAAGUGACAGAAGGUGCAUCAGUCACAAAAUAUGAGGAAGAAAAAGCCACUGUUCCAAAUGGUGAUGACGUUACUACUUCUUAUAUAACAGAUGGUAGAUCAGUUCCAACGACCACCGAUAAAAAUACGCGUGUAACUUCAGAGUUUGUAACAGAUCAAAAGAUAGCCACUACCAAUACAGAAAAGUAUAUAGAUGAAUUAAGUACUGCCUCCGCUAUAGACAACGGUGCCGCAACUACAGAAACUAAAAAAUCGGAAAAUUCAACACCCUAUUCUGUGACAGACAACAUACUAAGUUUUGAUACAACUAUAUAUGAACAUGAUUUAGCCACUAAUUCUGUAACAGAGGGAUCAGCAAUUAAAACGCACGGAGUGGAAUAUGGUGAUGAUAAAUCUGUGAAAGAUGAUAGGUCUAAUACUAUAAAAAACGUUACUAAUAUAACUCCAACAUCGAUAGCAGGUACAUCAUAUACCACGGACGCAGUAAAAUAUGAUGACGACGUUACUUUUACAACAAGUACUAUUGAACUUGGAGAUAUUGUUACCACAACCUCUAAAAUAGAUAAGCAAUAUGGAGGAGUAACAGUAAAAUAUGAUCUCGAUGCAACUCCUACAUCUACAGUAGGUGAUAAAGCGGGUACCACACUUAGUGAGAAAGUUACAAUUGUCACACCUACUUCAUUAACAGAUAACAAAUUAGGUAGUAAAAACACCGUCACAGAUGUAGAUGAUGAUUUUGCGACUUCUGUAACAGAAGGUUUAUCAAUUUCCACGGAUGGAAAAAAAGUUCCAACUACCACCUUGAAAUAUGGUGCUGGUGAAACUUCUGCGUUUGCAACAGAAGAUUUAUCUUCUCCUACAAAUACAGAAAAAUAUGGUCAGGAUCGAACUACCACUCCUGUUACAACCAAUUAUGCGGUUACCACUGAAACCGUAAAAUAUGGUGGUGAUGUAACUGCGGGUUAUGUAACAGAUGGUAGAUCGCCUACAACAGUUACCGAUAAAUAUGACACAUUCACGCCUACUUUCAUACCAGAUAGUAAAACAGUAACUAUGGAGACCGAGACGGCCAAGGAUGAAAUCACUACCACGUAUAUAAUUGAUAGUGAAACAAAUAUUACAGGCACUAAGAAGUAUGUUACAGACCCGACUUCGUCUCCCACAACAGACAGUAGCUUAGAUAGUUCAACAGACGAAAUGGUAAUUGGUGACGUUGUAACAGCUUCAUCUGUAACAGAUGUCAAAUCGGCUACAGAAGUGAACCCAAUGACACCCAUGUCUGUAGCAGUCGGCAGAUCUAGUACUACAGAGCCUGGAAAAUAUAGUGAUGAAAUAACUACCACUCACGGAACAGAUGGCAACACAAUAAUCAAAGUAACUGAAAAGUAUGAUGCUGAUGUAACUCCUACAUAUGUAACAGAUAGCAAAGAAGACAGUACAAACACUUUGAUACAUGGCGAUGGUUCUACCUCUUUUGUAACAGAAGGUUACCUAACUACGACACACUCCGAGAAAUAUGGUAUUACUACUUCAUCUGGGACAGAUGAAAGCACUCCUUUAAUUACAACGAAUAAUUAUUCUACCGAUAAACCUCCUCCUCCAUCUGUUUCUGUAUCGAGUGAUAGAUCAGCCACUACAGACACCGUGCAAUAUGGAACAGUCACACCCACUUCUGUAAACGGCAUCAUUACAGAUGGACUGACCGUUGUGACAGAGAGUAAACCAGUUUUAGAUCCCAAGCAGUACGGUGCCGACGUAACUGCUGCAUCUAUAACAGACAGCAACUUAAGUAGUGCGAGCACUGCACUUUAUGAAGAUCAUGUAUCUACUUCUGUAACAAGAAGCAAACCAAUUACAACAGACACAGGUAACGAUGGUGCCGAUUUAACACCUGCAACAGGUGGAAAGUCGAUUGGUAACGAUACUGGGAAAUACAAACUUGACCUCUCUACCUCCACUGUAACGUAUGGAAGCUCAGUUACGACAACCACCAUAAAAUUGGAUGCCAAUGUUACUCCACCUUCAUUUACUGAUGGUAGAAUGGGUACUUCUGUCACCGAACAAUUGGAAAUAGUCACACAAACAUCUGUGACAGAUGGCAGGUCGGUUACUGGAGACACUGUAAAAUAUGAUGAUGAAGCUACUCAACCUAUAACAGAUAGUAACGAAAACGUUACACCAACUGUUAUUACAGAUAACGGGUUCGAAACUAUAGGUACUGAAAAAUAUGGGCUCGAUCUUACUACUGCCACUUACACAGUAACAGACAUUAACGAUAAGAAACGUGUUACUACUAGUACACCUGCAGGUGCCUCCAUAUCAGUUGACACCGUAAAAUACGGCAUAACUACAGAUUCUGAGUCAGACGAUAGCACAGCUUUUGCGGAUAAUGAACGAAAAACGACCAAGAAUUAUGGAACAGUCACAUCCACUCUUAUAACAGAAAACCCAUUAGGAGCAACAAACACAGUGAAAUAUGACGAUGAUAAGUUUCCGGAUUCCGUAACACAGAGUGAAUCAAUUACAUCAGGUUCAGUGAUAUAUGAUAAGGAUCUUACAAAAUCUACCAUUAUUGCAAAUAUACCUACUACUAAAACAGAAACAGAAACGGAAAGUACAAAUGCCGUGGAAUAUAGUAUUGACGAUACGACUACCACAUCUGCAACAGAUAGCAAAUUAAAAGAAAAUAGGACCGAUACCACUGCCGCGUCUAUAACGGACGAUAAAUCAGUAACAACAGAAUCCACAAAUUAUAGUGUUACACACACUACUAUAAUAGAUGGUGAAUUGGCAGCCACAGGCGGUAAAUAUGGACUUAUGUCGUCAACCUCUGCUACAGAUAGUAUAACUGACACAACUGUAGUUAUAAAUGAACAAAAACACGUUACCCCUACGUCUAUAACAGGAUAUCUUACAACAGAUGCUGAAAACUAUAGUGAUGAUGUCAGGACCACCUCUGUAAAUGACGAUUCAAUUGUUACAACGGUAAAUGUGCAAUACGUUAACGAUUUACAUUCCACAUAUGUAACAGGAAGUGAAUUUCCUACGACGGAUACCGACAGAUACGAAAAUGUUACACCCGCAUCUGUAACAGAUGGCAUAUCAGCCAGAACAGAUAGCUUGAACGUAAACGACGCUAAUUUAACAGGAAUAUACAGUAAAACAGCUACCACAGAAUAUUUGAAAUUAACAGACGCUACUGCUCCAGUGGCUAAAACAGAACUUUUUGAAUUUACAUCUCCUCAAUCGUUGACUUUAGAUAUAAAUACAACAACGCCAAAAUACGUGGAAACCACCAAAACAAACACUGGAGAUAUAAAAAUGAAUACUAAUACGGAACAAAUGACGAAUAACGUUACUGAAAUUCAGCGUGAAGUUACCCCGGAAUCUACUGAUUAUCCAACACAAACUUCUUCUGCCGUUUUCGGUAUAAAGGAAAUGCCUGAAAAACAGUACACUAACACACAGAAACCAACAACAAUUCGCAUUACUUCGACUCCGGGUUUGUCAGGAUUGACAAACAAUCUGGGUUCUGACACAGUUACAACGAUAAGCUCUAGUUCAGAAUUUGUAAAUACUGAGACUGUUGCUUACUCAACGGAGAUUACAAACGAUGUAAUGCAAGGAACUUCUAACGCUCCAGAACUACGAUAUACUUUUUCGGAGACUUCACCAGAAACUAUUUCCACUCAACAUAAUUAUGAGGACAAUAUACUAAACACGUCAACAUUGCCAUCAUUAACAUCUACAGAAGAUAAUGUUCAAAGAUCAACUUUCAAUGACAUUUCUUCUGACAUACCUAGCGAUGCUUACACUAUAGAAGGCCCAGUAUUCACUGAAAAUCAAAGCAACUAUCAUACAAAGACCACUUUACAAAAUAUUGCUGAAAGUAGUACGGAACAAAUUGCGACUUCAACUAACUCUGAAAACAUGUUGACAGAAACAUCUAAUGCUUUUCAGUCAAUAGAUAGAACUUCUUCAGAAUCGUCUACGGUCGCAGGUUCUGAAUUAACAAGCACAUAUAGCUUUACUUCUGACUUGGAUAGUCCCCCGACAUUUAUAUCUACAGAAUUUUCAAGAGACAAAACUGCGUUUACUAGUGAAUUUGUUGAUUCUACAAAUGAAGAAGAUUUAAAUACAACCUUCACCCCUUCCUAUGAUUAUGCUAGCACAAACUCAUUUUCUAGUUAUGCUGAUAAGUCGAUUACGACAGCAAAUAAAACCACUACUUCGACGGAAAGCUUUGUAGAAAACAGUACGAUUUUAGACAGUCAAAGAACAACCGAAAUUGCUAUAACGGCUAACGACGGCGUAGUCAAUAAUGAUGUUUCUACUAUAGAGCAAGGUGAUAUAUUAGUGCAAAGUACAACUUCUGCCAUCCAGCUAGUUACUAAUGAUACUACUGACGAUUCAAAUAUAUUUGAGACUACCUCUGUCAGUUCUGGAUUGACAACCGGGAGUAGUUCAGAUACAGAUAUAUCUCCAACAGACCACGAAAUCGUAGAUAUCUCAACACAGCGAGCCUCAAACACUUUCGCUGCAACUACAGACAUUAGUAUGUCAACGUUAGAUUUUACUGCCACUGACAUAUCUUAUGCAGACGACACUCAAGUUCCAAAUAAAACUCUUCAAAGUACAACUAGAGAAAACGAUAACAAUAUUGUGUUAACUACUGAAACAAGUAAGAAUGUUCCUUCAUCAAAGACACAACAUACUUCUACCGGUAUUAGUACCUCUACGGAAAGUUUGUCUUCUCGUAGAAAGGAAGUUGAUAUUUCCGCUUGGACUGACACUACUCUUAUUACUGACAUGACUUCUACUGAAACAACUGUACAAAGUACUGAAAUAAAAAUUAACAUCCACUGUAAAAUAAACUCACAUUGCCCGACGAAUAAAGCCUGUCUAAAUGGAGUAUGCGAGAAUCCAUGUGACAUGAUUUGGAGUGGUUGUACAAAGAAAGAAUCGUGUUUAGUUGUCAACCAUGCAGCUGUUUGUGUAUGCGAUGACACCACUGGGAACCUCUGUUCACGUAAAGAACCACCCGGAACACCCAAGGUACCAGAACCUUGUCACUCUGAUCGGGACUGUAUAGAAACCGAAGCAUGUUUUAUGGGAUUGUGUCAAAAUCCUUGUGAGUUCGACAACGUAUGUGGCAUUGGAGCGAAUUGCCAGCCUGUUAAACAAAGGCCAAUGUGCUCGUGCCCCGCUGGACAUGAUGGAGACCCUGCUGUUAAAUGUUCACCUAAAAUAUUUGGUUGCACUCGAAACGAAGACUGUCCCUUGACUGAAGCUUGUAUAAAUAAUGCAUGUCAACACCCAUGUGCCAUACACAAUCCCUGUGCACCAAACGCGGUCUGUAUAAACACAAAUCAUGGCUCGGACUGUAGCUGCGCGGAAGGAUAUCAAGGAAACGGUUACGUGGGAUGUGUACCAGUAAUACCUCCUGGUUCAGUAUGUCAGUAUAACGAGGAUUGUCCACCGGAAUUACUAUGCGACCGACUAAACAGAGUCUGCAUAAGUCCAUGUGCCGUCAACACGUGUGGCGAUAAUGCUGAAUGUAUUCCAACAAAUCACGGUAUUCAAUGUAAAUGUUUCGCUGGAUUCACUGGUAACCCGUUCCUAGAAUGUUUCCAAGUCCAAGGAUGCCGAUCCGACAAUGAAUGUGCAAAUUCGGAAGCUUGUAUAAACGGAAAAUGUGGCUCACCGUGCCGAUGUGGAGUUAACGCUAUUUGUGACGUUUUGAAUCAUAGAGCAUCGUGCAAAUGUUUACCAGGCUACACAGGAAAUCCUCAACUUGGUUGUGAACCUCCAACUAAUCCGUGUGUUCCAAAUCCUUGUGGCACUAGUGCCUUGUGUGAAAUCGACAACGGCAAUCCUGUUUGUUUCUGUCCUAAAGGACUCACGGGAAAUCCUUUCAUGACUUGCAUACCUGAAGGCAACGAAUGUGAGCCCAACCCAUGUGGUCCUUAUUCCGGGUGCAGGUUGAUAGAUAACAAGCCCGCUUGUUUCUGUUUACCAAACUAUGAAGGAGAUCCACCUCGACAGCCUUGCCGAUUACCUAACAAUCCAUGUAAUCCUUCGCCUUGUGGCCCUAACACUCAAUGCACAAUACAAUCAAAUGGAUUUGCUAAAUGCACUUGUUCACCAGGUUAUAUCGAAAGCCCUAACACAAUUAGAGGUUGCGUUGAGUCACGCAAUCCUUGUGAACCAAACACAUGUGGUACCGGUGCUAGAUGUGAUCCAAAUCGAUCACCACCCUGUUAUUGUCCAGAAAAUGCGAUAGGAAACCCUUACAAAUCUUGUGCUACUCAAGGGUAUUUACCACCUGAAGUUCUAUGUCGCCCGGGGCCUUGUGGACCAAACUCUGAUUGUUAUGUUAGUGGCAAUAUGGAAAUGUGCUUCUGCAAGUCUGGUUUUACUGGAGAUCCUCAUAUUGGUUGCCAACCUCAAAGAAGCCCAUGCACACCAAACCUAUGUGGACCACAAGCUAUCUGCCAAGUUAACUUUGAUGGGCAACCAUUGUGCUUGUGCCCUGAAGGAAGCAUCGGUGACGCUUACGGAGUUGACGGUUGCCAUUCUCGAGAAUGUGAAGUUGACGAUGAAUGUAAAUUGAAUAGAGCAUGUAUAGGUUACGUGUGUCGUGACCCUUGCCCUGGAGCUUGUGGAUUUAAUGCUAAAUGUCGUGUAGAAUCUCACCGCCCUGUUUGUGUUUGCGAUGAAGGCUUUGUUGGCAAUCCUUUAAUGAGUUGUUUACCACCAGGGGACCAAAAAUCUAACGACAAGAAACCUUGUAGCAGAGCACAAUGCGGUCUGAACGCUAUUUGCAGAGAUGUUGGGGACAAAGCUCUGUGUUCUUGUCCUCCUGACUUCUUAGGAGAUCCAACGGUCGAAUGUAAGCCUCAAUGUACUAUGAAUUCGGAUUGUUCAUCAAACGAAGCAUGCAUCAACAAGAAAUGCGUAGACCCCUGCACGUUUAACAACGUAUGCGGUAUCCAUGCCGUAUGUUUAUGUUCCGAUCACACAGUAUCCUGCUUGUGUCCAGAUGGAUAUAUUGGCGAUCCUCUAACACAAUGUCUUUAUCGACCGAUAAUAAUUGGCUCGGACAACACAACUUCUCAGCCUUGCUCUCCUAACCCUUGUGACCCCAGCGCCCCAUGUGAUACUUAUGGAAACCAAUUUGCAAUUUGCGACGCUUGCGUUGGACCAAAUGCAGUCAACAACCCAUCCUGCAGACCAGAAUGUGUAUUUAAUUCAGAAUGUGCGUUCAACAAGGCUUGUUUGAGAAACAAAUGUGUAGAUCCAUGCCCAGGUUCAUGUGGUGUUAAUGCAAUGUGCUUAGUUUACUAUCACGACCCAAUAUGUCAAUGUGCGGAAGGUUUCAAUGGAAAUCCUUAUGAACACUGUAAACCAUCAACUGGACCUGUUUUAGCGGAAACUUGUGAUAACGUCCGUUGUGGUGCUAACGCAGUUUGUGAAGAUUUAAAUGGUGCACUUACUUGUAAAUGUCUUCCAGACUUUUAUGGUAACCCCUAUAUGUCGUGUCGUCCUCAAUGUGUCGUCAACAGCGACUGUGCCCCAGAGUUGGCUUGUCUAAACAACAAAUGUGAAAACCCAUGCAAAGACAUUUGUGGUAUUGGAGCUUUAUGUAAAACUGUAAACCAUCACGCAGUUUGUCAUUGUGAAAAUGGAUAUACUGGGGAUCCUUACGUGAGAUGUCAACCUACGGUUGUUCUUUCGCCUCCUUUGUCAACGUGUGAUCCUUCACCUUGCGGCCCUUACAGUCGAUGCCUUGUAUCAGCUUCAGGUUUUGCUGUAUGCUCAUGCCUACCAGGCCACCGAGGAGUAGCACCUAUGUGCCAACCCGAAUGUGUCAGUAACUCUGACUGUUCCCAAACGGAGACGUGCGUAAACCAAAAAUGUCUAAAUCCUUGCCUCGGUAGUUGUGGCCUCAAUGCGGAAUGUAUCGUGGUAAAUCAUAAUCCAAUAUGCAGCUGCAGACUUGGUCAAACGGGUGACCCAUUUGUCGCUUGUGCAGAUGUUAUAGAACACGUACCAGUGGACUCAAAUCCUUGUGUACCUUCACCAUGUGGUCCUAAUUCUGUUUGUGAAAUAAAGUCAAACCAUCCUGUCUGUUCUUGUCGUUCGAACUAUGCUGGCACGCCUCCAUUCUGUAGACCGGAGUGCGUUAUUAGUCAGGAAUGUCCAUCGAACAAAGCUUGUAUCAAUGAAAAAUGUGUGGACCCUUGUCAAGGUGCUUGUGGUAAUAAUGCAAGAUGCAAUGUGGUAAAUCACACACCCCUGUGUAGCUGUUUGGAGGGCUAUAGAGGAGAUGCUUUUGUCGGGUGUGUAGCAGUAGCAAAGGGAGAAUCACCAACACCUUGUAACCCAUCGCCAUGUGGAGAAAACACUAUGUGCACUGUGGUCAAUAAUGUAGCUCGCUGCUCAUGUAUACCUCCCAACAUUGGAAACCCGUAUGCUGGAGGUUGUCGACCCGAAUGUUCCAUAAACUCAGACUGUCCGAACCACCUUGCUUGUUUAUCGAAUCACUGCCGAGAUCCGUGCAGAGACUUAUGUGGGGUUAAUGCAGAAUGUUCUGUCACCAAUCAUGUGCCGGUCUGCACAUGUUUUAAAGGUUACGAAGGCGAUCCAUUUUCUUCCUGCCGUCAAAAAUCUACGCCGUCGUCUCCAUUCAACCCAUGUGAACCUUCGCCUUGUGGACCAAACAGUGAAUGCCACGUAGUCAACGAUCGUGCGGCGUGUUCUUGUCGUGCUGGCUACUUAGGCGCUCCUCCUGCUUGCCGUCCCGAAUGCGCUGUAAAUUCUGAUUGCCCGGCCAACAAAGCAUGCAUCAAGCUUAAAUGCAAAGACCCAUGCGUACACAGUUGUGGUUUAGAUGCGCGCUGUCAUGUCGUAGGACACAAUCCUAUUUGCACUUGUCCAGAAAACCUUCCUGAAGGUGAUCCAUUCAUCAGAUGCUACAGAAAAACGAUAAACAAAUCACCACCUAAUCCGUGUCUCCCAUCACCAUGUGGUCCUCAUUCAUCAUGCCGAAACGAAGCCGGCCGUGCUGUGUGCUCUUGUGAGCCAGGCACUUUAGGAGCGCCGCCAUCGUGCCGACCACAAUGCGUCAUCAAUCAGGACUGUCCGUUGGCGCUCGCAUGUUUGGCCGGCACAUGUGUCAACCCUUGCGUUGGAUCUUGCGGAUUCAACGCGAGAUGCAUCGUACAAAACCAUCAACCAAUAUGUUCGUGUGAUGAAGGCUUUUCUGGUGAUCCUUUCGCUGGCUGUAAUCCUGUUGAGGCUUCAAAAGACCUACCUCAUCAGCCAUGCAAUCCGUCACCUUGUGGACCUAAUGCUAUCUGUCAAGAACGGAAUGGUGCUGGUUCUUGUACUUGUGUAGAUGACUUUUACGGUGAUCCAUAUCGUGGUUGUCGACCCGAAUGCGUUAUGAAUACUGAUUGUCCUAGGGACAGAUCUUGUUUCAAUAACAAAUGCGUGGACCCGUGCUCUGGUUCCUGUGGACAAAACACUGAAUGUAGAGUAGCAAAUCAUGCACCUUCAUGUUACUGCUUGCCUGGAUAUCGUGGAAACCCUCUUCAUGCAUGUACUCCUGUUUUAUCUCUACCAGACCCUGUGGAUCCGUGCAACCCCUCACCUUGUGGGCCUUACAGUAAAUGUCGCGUAUUUAAUCGGCAUGCAGUUUGUACAUGCCUUGAUAUGUGCGUUGGUUCGCCGCCAAAUUGUAGGCCCGAAUGUAUCGUUAGUUCUGAUUGCCGGCCAGACAAAGCAUGUAUUAAUCAAAAAUGCCAGGAUCCGUGUCCUGGUAUGUGCGGUAUUGAAGCUCAAUGCCAAGUUGUAAAUCACAACCCUAUAUGUAGUUGUUUUAAUGGGUAUACCGGAGAUCCUUUCGUAAGAUGUUUCUUGGACGAAAGACCUAAGGACCCAAUAAGCAAUUGCAUACCGAAUCCUUGUGGCCCACAUUCGCAAUGUAAGGAUGGUAUUGGUGGUCCAGUAUGCUCAUGCUUAGAAAACUAUGUGGGACGCCCUCCCAACUGCAGACCUGAAUGUAUGAUAAAUGUCGAGUGUCCGGGCAACUUGGCAUGUAUAGCCGAGAAAUGCAGUAAUCCUUGUCCGGGUUCUUGCGGUUACCAUGCUUCUUGUAACGUAGUCAAACAUGUUCCAAUAUGUACUUGUGACCAAGGUUAUACUGGAGAUCCUUUCUCAGGAUGUUCUCCUAUUCCAUCUAUUGAACCUCAAAUAGUUAGUCCCUGUGCACGAUCUCCAUGCGGUGCCAAUGCAGUAUGCAAGGAAAGACAUGGGGCAGGAUCAUGUUCUUGUCUUCCGGAUUACUACGGAGAUCCUUAUGUUGAAUGCCGCCCAGAAUGCGUGUUAAAUACAGACUGCCCGAAAGAUAGGGCUUGCAUUAACAAUAAAUGUAAAGACCCUUGCCCAGGUGUAUGUGGUAUGAACGCUGAAUGUCGGGUAAACAACCAUGCGCCAUCUUGCGCCUGCCUUUCAGGCUAUGAAGGAAAUCCAUUCACGUCCUGUUACAUAAGGCAAAAUGAAGUUCCAAUUGAUCCGUGCUCACCAUCACCUUGUGGCCCAUACAGUUUAUGUCGUGUGACUGGUAGCCACGCAAUAUGUUCAUGUCAAGAAAAAUACUUUGGUGCCCCUCCAUUUUGUCGGCCUGAGUGUAUGGUCAGCAGUGAAUGUAUGCCUAAUAGAGCUUGCAUCAACCAACAAUGUGUCGACCCUUGUAUUGGCGCAUGCGGCAAUAAUGCUAAAUGUACUGUAGUCAAUCAUAAUGCCCUAUGUAGUUGUCCGCCGAAUUAUAAUGGAGAUCCGUUCGUAAACUGCGCAUACGAGAAAAAGCCGGAGUCAAGACCGUCUGGAAAUCCUUGCGUUCCAUCACCUUGUGGGCCUAAUUCGCAAUGUAGAGUAAUAGGAGAAACUCCAGCUUGCUCCUGCCAAUCUGGCUAUAUUGGAAGAGCACCUAACUGUCGCCCUGAAUGCAUAUACGAUGAAGAAUGCCCUAGCAAUCUUGCUUGUAUUCGUGAAAAGUGUGUGAACUCCUGCGAAGGAUCUUGUGGAUCAAAUGCAGAAUGCGUUGUAAUAAAUCAUAAAGCAGUUUGUCACUGUCGUGAAAGUUACACUGGAGAUCCAUUUAGUGGUUGUUACUUUAUUGUCACAGUACCAAGUGAAGAUGAAACAAAUCCAUGUAAUCCGUCGCCUUGUGGGCCAAAUUCUGUCUGUACUGAGAGAAACGGUGUAGGGGCGUGUACUUGUGCCCCUGGAUACUUUGGAGAUCCCUACCUCGGAUGUAGACCUGAAUGCGUUACCAACAACGACUGUUCUACAAAUAAAGCAUGCCUGAACAAUAAAUGCGUAGACAUAUGUCAAGGGGCGUGUGGCUUAAAUGCGCAGUGUACAGUAGCACAUCACACACCGGUCUGCUUGUGCAUUGAUGGUUAUGAAGGCAAUCCAGUCAUAUCAUGUCAUCCACAAAGAACCCCGAUACUUGCGGAUGAAAACCCUUGUGUACCCUCGCCUUGUGGACCAUACAGUAACUGUAAAGUUGUUAAUGAUCACGGAGUAUGUUCUUGCCAAGAAGGAUACGUUGGCUCACCACCUACUUGUAGGCCAGAAUGUGUAAUAAGCACGGAUUGUCCCCAACACCAAGCUUGUAUAAAGCAAAAAUGCAGGGACCCUUGCCCAGGAACAUGUGGUGUUAACGCGAGGUGUCAAGUGAUAAACCAUAAUCCAAUUUGUACAUGCAAAGCUGGAUUUACUGGUGAUCCUUUUGUUACUUGCCAGUUGAAGCAAAAACCUAUCUUAGAGGGGCCUAAAGGAAAUCCAUGUGUACCUUCACCAUGUGGUCCAUACUCUCAAUGUAAAGUAGUCGGAGAAGCGCCUGCAUGUUCAUGCUUACCGAGCUAUAUUGGUGUAGCACCUAAUUGUAGACCUGAAUGCUCUAUAAACGCGGAAUGCCCUGGUAAUCUUGCAUGUCAAAAUGAAAAAUGUGUGGAUCCGUGUCCGGGCUCUUGUGGCUUUAAUGCGGAUUGUUCUGUUGCAAAUCACGUUGCACUAUGUAACUGUUUGUUGGGAUAUACAGGUGAUCCUUUCAGUGGCUGUUCACCUUUCGAACAAGCACCUGAGCCACUACCGAACCCCUGCAAUCCAUCACCUUGUGGUGCAAAUGCAUUAUGUAAGGAACGAAACGGGGUGGGUUCCUGCUCGUGUUUGCCGGAAUACUUUGGCGAUCCGUACACAGGAUGUCGUCCAGAAUGCGUUUCCAAUUCGGAUUGUGACCGUAAUAAGGCCUGUUCAAAUAACAGAUGCAAGGACCCGUGUCCAGGUGCUUGUGGCAUAAACGCUGAAUGUAGAACUGUGAACCACUCGCCGACAUGCACAUGUCUUACUGGGUACUCUGGUAACCCACAAGUUAGAUGUGAAAUAGAAAUUGUUACAGAUAAUCCAAAGAGUCCUCUGGAUCCAUGCCAACCAUCACCGUGCGGGCCUAACAGCUUGUGUCGUGUAGUUAACGGCCACAGCGUGUGUACCUGUGAAAGUGAAUAUAUUGGCACGCCGCCUUCCUGCCGUCCUGAGUGUAUAGUUAGUUCUGAAUGUCCACAAAAUAAAGCAUGUAUUAAGAAGAAGUGUAAAGAUCCGUGCCAAAAUUCUUGUGGAGUGAACGCUCGUUGUCAAGUUAUAACACACAAUCCUAUCUGUACCUGCAGUCCUGGUUACACUGGAGAUCCGUUCACACAGUGUUCUCUAAUAGAACGUGUUGUGCCAACCAAUCCUUGCGAGCCUUCGCCAUGUGGUCCUAAUUCUGAGUGUCGCGUUAUUGGAGAUCAAGCCGCUUGUUCUUGUCUACCGAAUUACAUCGGCAGAGUUCCAAACUGUAGACCAGAAUGUACUAUUGAUCCUGAAUGCCCCAGCAACACAGCAUGUAUUAAUGAGCGGUGCAAGGACCCAUGUCAAGGAGCGUGUGGAGUGAACGCAUUGUGUUUGACAAUUAAUCACAAGCCUGUGUGUUCCUGUCAACAAGGAUUUACUGGAGACGCUGUUAGAAAUUGUGUCCAGAUUUUAAUGUCGUCUACUGAAAUGACACCAACAUCGAGUCCAUGCACACCAUCUCCUUGUGGACCUAACGGAGAGUGCCGCGAAUAUAAUGGAGCAGGAGCUUGCGUUUGUUCUGAAGGCUAUGAGGGAGACCCGUACAGCACCCAGGGUUGUCGCAGAGAAUGUGAGAGUAAUGACGACUGUUCACCGAAUUUGGCGUGUACACGUUUUAAGUGUAUAGACCCAUGUCCAAGGACUUGUGGUCAAUUGGCACAAUGUACAGUAGAAAAUCAUAUUCCUGUUUGUACAUGCCCUCGAGGUUAUACUGGAGAUCCAUUUUUCCAAUGCAAAGAAAUUACGGUACAACCAACUCCUGCUCAAAAUCCAUGCGAGCCAACUCCCUGCGGGCCCAACAGCCAGUGCAGGCAGGUCAACAUGCAAGCAGUAUGUUCUUGCUUACCAAAUUACAUUGGAUCACCACCUUCUUGCAGACCACAAUGCAUAGUAAACAGUGAAUGCGAUUCAGCUAAGGCUUGUAUCAAUCAGAAAUGUGAUGAUCCUUGCCCACAUUCCUGUGGUUUGCGUGCACAUUGCACAGUCAGAAAUCACAGUCCAAUCUGCACCUGCCCAGUUGGCAUGACUGGAGAUCCAUUCACCCAAUGCUAUACCAUUCCACCAACUACGGAGAGACCUCCAUCAUGUACACCUUCACCUUGCGGUCCUCAUUCUCGCUGUCAAUUAUUGGCCAGUGGGCCAGCGUGCUCCUGUCUCCCCGGAUAUGUUGGUUCUCCGCCAUCUUGCAGACCAGAAUGUACCAUUAAUGGCGAGUGUCCAGCUUCGCUCGCAUGUGUACGACAAAAAUGUGAAGAUCCGUGUCCAGGAUCAUGCGGUGUUGAUGCCUCUUGCCAUGUCCUAAAUCACGUUGCAGUAUGCGUAUGUAAUGAAGGAUACACGGGCGAUCCAUUUGCCAGAUGCUUACCUAUUUUGCAAGAUUCGACUACCCCAGUUCCACAAGAUCCAUGCAAUCCAUCGCCAUGUGGAGCCAAUGCAGUAUGCGAUAACGGGUUCUGUACUUGUUUAUCGGAUUACAGCGGUAACCCAUAUGAAAGUUGCAGACCAGAGUGCACCGGAAGUCAAGAAUGUCCUAGAGAUAAAGCUUGCUUCAGAAAUAAAUGUCGCGAUCCUUGUCCCGGAACAUGUGGACAAAAUGCUAAAUGUGACGUCAUAAACCAUAUUCCAACUUGUUCAUGUAUGUCAGAAUACACUGGUAAUCCCUUCACGCAUUGUCGUCGUAUGGAAGAAGAAAAACAGAGGCCAAGAAAUCCGUGUCACCCUUCACCAUGUGGUCCUAAUAGUAUUUGCAAAAAUGUGGAUGAUGCUGCCUUAUGUGCUUGUUUGGAAAAUUUCCAAGGAUCUCCUCCAGCAUGUAGGCCCGAGUGCGUAGUAAGCUCUGAAUGCCCGUCUACAAAAGCAUGUGUGAACCAAAAAUGCAUCAACCCUUGCAUCAAUGCCUGUGGCAUUUCAGCACGCUGUGAAGUCAUUAAUCACAGCCCAAUCUGUAGCUGUAAUCCAGGACAAACCGGUGAUCCUUUUAAGAGCUGUUACGAUGUUAUAAUGCCACCUUCUCAGCCUGUAGAUGCAUGCAAUCCUUCUCCUUGUGGACCUAACUCGCAAUGUAUUGAAAGAAACGGUAAAGCAAAUUGUAGGUGUAUCGAUAACUAUAUUGGACAGCCACCAAAUUGCAGACCAGAAUGUGUCAUCAAUCCAGAUUGUCCAUCGAAUCAAGCAUGUGUUAAGAAUAAGUGUAUCGAUCCAUGUCCAGAUUCAUGUGGAGUGAACGCUGACUGCAUUGUUGUCAGUCACACUGUGUCUUGUAGUUGCAGAGAAAAGUUUACUGGCAAUCCGUUCAUGCAGUGUGUUUUCCAAGAAGAAAAUGCUGUUGAACCCUGCGAUCCAUCGCCUUGUGGUGCUAAUGCAGUUUGCAGUCAACGUGAUGGAGCUGGAUCCUGUUCAUGUUUGGAGGGAUAUCAGGGUAACCCAUACGAUGGUUGCCGUCCUGAAUGUGUUCUUAGCUCCGAUUGUCCAGCUGACAAAUCAUGUAUCAGAAACAAGUGCGUCGAUCCUUGUCCAGGAAUAUGUGGUAGAAAUGCCGAAUGUAACGUAAUUAAUCACGUUCCUAGCUGUGCUUGUUUCAAAGGAUAUACAGGAAAUCCAUUUGACCAAUGCGUAAAAGAAUUACCUAUAGAGGUCAUUAAACCGUGCCAACCUUCUCCAUGUGGACCAAACAGUAUUUGUAGGGAGAAUGGAGGACUAGCUUCAUGUGAAUGUCUUCCAGACUACAGAGGGGCACCUCCUGAUUGUCGCCCGGAAUGUACAGUAAGCAGUGAAUGCCCAUCAGAUCGGGCCUGUCACAGACUUAAAUGUGCCGACCCUUGCAGAGGUACUUGUGGAAUUGGUGCUCACUGUCAAGUCAUUAAUCAUAGUCCUUUAUGCAGUUGCUCAGCGGGUAUGACCGGCGAUCCAUUUAAGAAAUGUAUCGAAAUAGAAAAAACUGUUUACGAACCAGAACAAACACCUCAUCCUUGUCAGCCUAACCCAUGCGGACCUUAUAGUGAAUGUAGACCUAUAAACAACAGCCCGUCAUGUUCUUGUGUCCAAGGCUAUAUAGGUGCUCCACCGAAUUGCCAUCCAGAGUGCCUUGUGAACACAGAUUGUCCAUCACAUCAAGCUUGUAUCGCAGAAAAAUGUAGGAAUCCGUGCGAAGGUUCAUGCGGUUUUAGAGCAGAGUGCCGUGUGCACGACCAUAUUCCUAUAUGCAGCUGCCCCAUUGGUUACUCUGGAGAUCCGUUUAUUCAAUGCGCAGAAGUUGAGGUGACCCCUAAACCUUCUGCUGAUCCUUGUAAUCCAUCUCCCUGUGGAAGCAACGCGAUAUGUGAUACAGGAUCGUGCUCUUGCGCACCUGGCUAUUUCGGUGAUCCUUACAGCGGAUGUCGAUUGGAAUGUAGUACUAAUGGCGAGUGUUCACCAACUCGUACAUGCCAAAGAGGUAAAUGUGUUGAUCCUUGCCCCGGUGCAUGUGGGACCAACGCAUUGUGUUCCGUCAAUAACCACAUACCGUCAUGUACGUGCCCUCCUUCUACUUCAGGAGAUCCUUUCAACUUGUGCAGUGAAAUACAGAAAGAUGUUACGGUAUCACCAUGUUCGCCAUCUCCAUGUGGUCCUUACAGUGAAUGUACAGUAAGUGCAAAUGGUGCUGCAGCUUGUUCCUGCAAGGCUGGACACGUUGGAUCACCGCCUUCUUGCCGACCGGAAUGUCUCGUAAGCGCAGAGUGCAAAUUACAACUGGCUUGUAUAGAUCGUCGCUGUCGCGAUCCUUGUGAGGGCGCUUGUGGACGCGGUGCUCGCUGUCAAGUUAUAGCGCACUCUCCUAUUUGUACCUGCAACGAAGAUUUCACAGGAGACCCGUUCUCUUAUUGUUAUCCGAAACCAGCACCACCUCCAACACCCGUCGACCCAUGUGAAUCAUCUCCAUGUGGUCCCAAUUCGCUUUGCAUCAACUCUGGAGAUACACCAGCAUGUAGUUGUCAGCCCGGUUUUAUCGGAGCUCCACCAAACUGUCGCCCAGAGUGCACAAUUAGUGCUGAAUGUCCAGCAACUCUAGCUUGUGUCGCACAGAAAUGUAAAGACCCGUGUGAACAGGCUUGCGGCACACGAGCCAUUUGUUCAGUAGUUGAUCAUCGUGCAAUCUGCGCAUGUGAGCCAGGUUUAGAAGGCGAUCCCUUCCAAGGCUGUUCUCAACCCAAAGCUCCACCAAAGAUCGAAUAUUUAAAUCCAUGUGAACCUUCCCCUUGUGGUGCAAAUGCUGAGUGCAAGGUACAAGGAAAUGCUGGAUCAUGUUCAUGUUUGCCAGACUACUUUGGCGAUCCUUAUCAAGGUUGCAGACCUGAAUGUUUAGCGGAUUCAGACUGUCCUUUAGUAAUGGCAUGCAACAGAAAUAAAUGCGUUGAUCCAUGCCCAGGAGUUUGUGGAUAUAAUGCUGAUUGUUUCGUGACAAACCAUAAACCUAUGUGCAAUUGUAAACCUGGUUAUACCGGGACUCCACUUUCGAUUUGUCACCCUAUAAGAGAGAAAGACAUUGCCGUAAUAAAUGUAUGCAAUCCCUCACCGUGUGGAAUUAAUGCAAUAUGCAGAGAAAUAAACAACCAACCAGUGUGUUCAUGUCUUCCCAACUACAUUGGAUCGCCACCAAAUUGUAAACCCGAAUGCAUGGUAAACUCUGAGUGUAAGACAAAUCGAGCAUGUGUUAAUCAAAGAUGUGUCAAUCCUUGCCCGAAGCCGUGUGGACAAAACACGGAAUGCAGAGUUAUCAACCACAGUCCAGUAUGUACGUGUAGAGCGGGUUACUCUGGCAAUCCGUUUACUACGUGCAGCUUAAUAAUGCAAACGUCCCCAAGUGUAGCAGCUCCAGCGGAUCCAUGUCUCCCUUCGCCAUGUGGGCCAUAUGCUGAAUGUCGAGAUAACAACGGUCUCGCAUCGUGUUCAUGUAUGCUUUCUUACGUUGGCUCUCCACCAUAUUGUAAACCAGAGUGUGUUGUUCAUUCCGAUUGUCCAAGUGAUCGAGCAUGUGAAGCCGAGAAAUGUAGAAACCCUUGUGAAGGAUCCUGUGGUAUAUACGCGCAAUGUUUUGUGAAUAAUCACGUUCCUGUCUGCCUAUGCCCGGAUGGUUUUACAGGAGAUCCGUUUAGACAAUGCACACCAAAGCCAGUCGCAGAUGAAGAGCCGUAUGUGAGUGACCCGUGCAACCCCAGCCCAUGUGGACCCAACAGUCUCUGUAAUAAUGGUGCCUGUUCUUGUAUCACCGGUUACCAUGGUGACCCUUAUCUUGGAUGUAGACCAGAGUGUGUGUAUAAUACUGAUUGCCCACUCGAUAGAGGUUGUUCGAAAAAUAAAUGUAUCAAUCCCUGUGUUGGUACUUGCGGGCAAAACGCCAUUUGUGAAGUCAUGAACCACGUGCCAAUGUGUUCUUGUCCAAAGGGCAUGAGCGGAAAUGCUUUUGUUGAAUGCAGAUCAUCAGCGGUGUCUAUAACCAAUCCAUGCAAUCCGUCGCCAUGUGGACCAAAUAGUAGAUGUCAGCAAUCAAAUGGGCAGGCGGUAUGCUCUUGCGUCCCAGGUUAUCGCGGUAGUCCACCAACAUGCAGGCCUGAAUGUGUUGUUAGCCUCGAAUGCCCAUUAAAAGAAGCAUGUAAUAAUCAAAAAUGUAUAAACCCAUGCAUUGGAGCAUGCGGUACAGCGGCUGUUUGUGAUGUAAUUAAUCAUAAUCCAAUCUGUACGUGCCCACCAUCCUUUACGGGUGAUCCGUUUGUGAGAUGCACAGUUAUAGUUGCGGUAGAACAACAAGUUAAUCCGUGUGAACCAUCACCAUGCGGUUCGCAUUCUGUGUGCCGAAUAAGCGGUGAAAGUCCAAUCUGUGCGUGCUUACCAGAUUACAGAGGAACGCCACCAAACUGUCGACCGGAAUGCAUAAGUAAUAGCGAAUGUGAUUAUAAUUUAGCAUGUCUUAAUCAAAAAUGUGUAGAUCCAUGUAUUGGCACAUGUGGGUCGAACACUGAAUGCCGAGUUGUUAGUCAUGCUCCCAUGUGUUUGUGUCAAUCGGGUUACACAGGAGAUCCAUUCUCAUACUGUAGUGCUAUGCCUAUCAUGGAUCAGAAUGAAGUUUUAACUCCAUGUAAUCCCAACCCCUGUGGAUCUAACGCUAUAUGUAAAGAACAAAGAGGCGUUGGAGCUUGUCAGUGCCAGGAUGGCUAUUCCGGAAAUCCAUAUGAAGGCUGUAGACCUGAGUGUGUUAUCAACUCCGACUGUCCACUGAACAGAGCAUGUUCAAGAAUGAAGUGUGUUGAUCCUUGUCCAGGAACAUGUGGUAAUAAUGCUUUAUGCCAAGUUCAUAAUCACAUGCCUACGUGUAUAUGCCAACAAGGAUACACCGGAAAUCCUUUCAGCCAUUGUAACAUCAUGCAAGAACCUGUGAUAGUGGAAACAAACCCCUGUAGUCCAUCUCCAUGUGGAGCCAAUAGCCAAUGCCGUGAAAUUAAUGGCCAGGCUGUAUGUUCUUGUCUACCAAGUUUCAUGGGUUCGCCACCGAACUGCCGCCCAGAAUGUAUGGUGAGCUCAGAAUGCCCGUCACAUUUAGCGUGCGUGAAUCAAAAGUGCGUUAACCCUUGUCAAAACACCUGUGGAGAAAAUGCCAACUGCAAUGUCAUCAAUCACAGCCCUAUAUGUGUCUGCAAACAAGGUCUUACUGGAAACCCGUUCACAAGAUGCUAUCCAAUCAAAAUUUCGUCACCUCCACAAGAUAUACCUCAAGAUCCUUGUUUGUCAUCACCAUGUGGACUUUACGCAGAAUGUCGAAACAUAGGCAAUGCUCCUUCUUGUGCAUGCAAGACUAACUAUGUUGGCAGCCCACCAAAUUGUAGGCCUGAGUGUACAAUUAAUUCUGAAUGUCUUAGCAAUCAAGCUUGUAUCAAUGAAAAAUGCCGUGAUCCAUGCCCUGGAGCAUGUGGUAUUAAUGCUCAGUGCACUGUGUUUAAUCACAUUGCCCAGUGCAGUUGUAUGGAACAAUAUACAGGAGACCCAUUUACUCGUUGUCUGCCAAUGCCUGAAAGUGAUGAAGCCGCCACAGAAACUGAUCUAUGCAAUCCAUCACCUUGCGGUGUGAAUACAGAAUGUAACGACGGUGUAUGCACUUGUUUACCAGAAUUUCAAGGAGAUCCUUACUUCGGCUGCCGACCAGAAUGUCUUAUGAGCUCAGAUUGUCCCCGUGACAAAAGCUGUGUUAGAAAUAAAUGCGUCGAUCCAUGUGUGAAUACUUGCGGUAGAGAAGCAAUUUGCAAUGUGUUUAACCACGUACCUAUGUGUACCUGUCCUAAAGGAUACUCUGGUAAUGCAUUCCUUGAAUGUCGACCAAUCAGAGUAUCGGAGAACAUCAACCCGUGUAACCCAUCUCCUUGCGGACCAAAUAGCCAAUGUCGUGAAAUUAAUGGCCAAGCUAUAUGUUCUUGUUUGUCUGGAUAUAUGGGAGCCCCACCGACUUGUAGACCCGAAUGUACAUCAAGUGCAGAGUGCGCUCUAAAUAGAGCUUGUUCUAAUCAACGAUGCAUCGAUCCUUGUAAAGGAAACUGCGGUUCAGGAGCUCAAUGUCAAGUCAUCAAUCACAAUCCAAUAUGCUCAUGCCCGCCUGGACACACUGGAGAUCCAUUUAGCAGAUGCAUUAUAGAAGAUGUUCAACCACCACCGUAUGUCAACCCGUGUGAACCUUCACCUUGUGGUGCUAACUCCGUUUGCCGAGAAGUCGGUGGUUCGCCGUCAUGUGCUUGUCAAACAGAAUUUAUCGGGAAUCCACCGAACUGCCGACCGGAAUGCAUCGCUAACUCCGAAUGUCCAAAUGAAAUGGCUUGUGUAAAUCAGAAAUGUAGAGAUCCAUGCCCUGGUUCAUGUGGAUCUGGAGCUGAGUGCAGAGUUGUAAGCCACGCUCCCCAGUGUUUAUGUCAGCCUGGAUACACUGGAGAUGCAUUCAUUGGUUGUCAUAUAAUGGACGUUCCUUUGACACCAUGCUCACCAUCACCAUGUGGUCCGAACGCGAUCUGUAAAGAGCAAAGAAAUGCCGGCGCUUGUGUAUGCCUACCGGAUCAUAUAGGAAAUCCUUACGAAGGAUGUCGCCCAGAAUGUGUGGUUAACUCUGACUGUUCUUCAAACUUAGCAUGCAUCCAGAAUAAAUGUAAAAAUCCAUGCAACAAUAUCUGUGGACAAAAUGCUGUUUGUAACGUUAUAAAUCAUACUCCUACUUGCACCUGUCUACCAGGUCUUACAGGUAGUCCAUACCAGAAUUGCUACGAAGAAACACCACAAAUUUCACCUGUACAAAGUAAUCCCUGCGUACCGUCACCGUGUGGUCCGAAUAGUAUUUGCAAAGUAACAAAUAAUCAAGCUGUCUGUACGUGUGAACUCGAUUAUUUAGGGACGCCACCAUCUUGUAGACCUGAGUGUAUAGUAAGCUCUGAGUGCAAUCAACAACAGGCAUGUAUUAACAAAAAAUGUAAAAAUCCUUGUGAAGGUGUGUGCGGCCAAAAUACGGAAUGUAAGGUUAUUAAUCAUAGCCCAAUAUGUUCUUGUCGCCCACAAUUUACAGGCGAUCCUUUCAGUAGGUGUUACAGAGCACCAGUCGCCGAUAGUGUCCCUGUAACUACAAAUCCUUGUUUGCCAUCCCCGUGUGGACCUUUCUCUCAGUGUCGUGAUGUAAGAGGAUCUCCUUCAUGCACCUGCAUGCCACAGUACAUGGGUAGCCCACCAAAUUGUCGCCCUGAGUGUACAAUCAACACAGACUGCUCCAAUGAGUUGGCUUGUGUAAAUGAAAGAUGUAUAGAUCCAUGUCCUGGAUCAUGUGGGAUUAACACUGACUGUAGGGUGCAGAGCCAUGUGUCUAUAUGUACUUGUAUUGAAGGUUAUGUUGGUGACCCUUUCCAAAGUUGCUCCUUCAAACCAAAUAUAGAACCUGUGCUGACUGAUGCUUGUAAUCCUUCACCGUGUGGACCAAAUGCAGUUUGUAACAACGGUGUUUGCACAUGUAUACCAGAAUAUAGGGGUGACCCAUACUUUGAAUGUCGUCCAGAAUGUACCUUAAGCUCAGAAUGUCCUAGAGAUAAAGCAUGUGUAAGAAACAAAUGUGUUGAUCCAUGUAUCAAUACAUGUGGUAUCAAUGCAAAUUGCGAAGUUGUGAAUCACAUGGCUGUAUGCACCUGUCCUGCUAGAACCGCAGGAAAUGCCUUCAUACAGUGUAGUCCCGUUAAAGAAAUGGUUUCAAACAACCCUUGCCAGCCAAAUCCAUGUGGUCCUCACAGUCAAUGCAGUCAAUUCAAUGAGCAAGCAGUGUGCUCUUGUUUGCCCGGUUUUCAUGGCGCACCGCCUUCAUGCCGACCAGAAUGUGUAGCAAGUUCUGAUUGUCCUCUUGAUAAAGCUUGCAGCAACCAAAAGUGUAUCAACCCUUGUCAAGGAGCAUGCGGGGUUGCGGCUAAAUGUCAGGUGGUCAACCAUAAUCCUAUUUGUACUUGCCAAUCUGGAAUGACGGGAGAUCCGUUCACGAGAUGUUCUGUGAUACCUGUGGCUGAUACUCCAGUACAGACAAACCCUUGUCAGCCAUCGCCAUGUGGACCGAAUUCUAUAUGUCAACCUACUGGUGGAGCGAUUCCUUCAUGUCAAUGUCAGCCUGAAUUCAUGGGUGCUCCUCCUAAUUGUCGUCCAGAGUGUGUUUCUAACAGCGAGUGUGCUUCACAAAUGGCCUGCAUAAACAGAAAGUGCAAAGAUCCUUGCGCUCAAGCAUGUGGUUUCAAUGCCGAAUGUAGAGUGGUUAGCCAUACGCCUAUUUGCAUUUGCCCCGAAGGCUACAAGGGUGAUGCGGCCGUACAGUGUACGCAAACGGCGCUUGCGCCUUCUAUUCCAAUUUCUCCAUGUACCCCAUCUCCUUGUGGAUCCAAUGCAGAAUGCAGGGAACAAGCCGGAGCGGGAGCAUGUGUGUGUGUUACAGGAUAUUUCGGGAACCCGUACGAGGCUUGUCAUCCUGAAUGUUUAGUAAACUCAGAUUGUCCUAGCAACAAAGCAUGCACAAGGAAUAAAUGUAUAGACCCCUGUCCUGGCACAUGUGCCGUAAAUGCCGACUGUCAAGUAGUCAACCAUUCACCACUAUGCACCUGCCGCAACGGAUUUAUCGGCGAUCCGUUCACACAAUGUACAUAUAAACCUCAAGAAGACAUUCCGAGAGACCCAUGUCAACCAUCUCCUUGUGGUCCUAACAGUCAGUGUCGUGUAUCGAAUGGACAAAGUAUAUGUUCAUGUUUACCAGAGUUUAAUGGAUCACCGCCGAACUGCAGGCCAGAGUGUGUCGUGAGUGCGGAAUGUCCAGUUGAUAAAAUUUGCAAGAAUCAGAAAUGUAUCUCACCGUGUCCUGGGCCAUGUGGAAGCAACACCGACUGUAGGGUUAUUAAUCAUAGUCCUAUAUGCACAUGUCAAAAUAGAUACACCGGUGAUCCAUUCUCUCGUUGCUAUAUCAUAACAGUUCAAGAACAACCCCCAGAACCUGAGAGAGCUCCGUGUGUACCUUCGCCAUGUGGACCAAAUUCUCAGUGUCUAAACCUACGGGGUAUUCCAUCGUGUUCGUGUUUACCAAACUUUGAGGGCAGCCCUCCGAACUGUCGACCGGAGUGUACAAUUAAUGAAGAUUGUGCCAGUAAUCUUGCUUGUAUCAAUCAAAAAUGCAAAGAUCCAUGUCCGGGGUCUUGCGGAAUUAAUGCAAACUGCCAAGUCAUAAAACAUGUUUCGAUAUGCUCGUGCGCUGACGGUUUUACUGGAAAUGCAUUCACUCAAUGUAGUUUAAUUCCACCUAAAGUGAAUGAUGAUCCGUGCAACCCUUCGCCGUGUGGAAAUAAUGCCCAAUGUAGCAAUGGACAAUGCAGUUGCCUCCCGGAAUUCCAAGGAGACCCAUAUACUGGUUGUCGACCUGAGUGUGUUCUGAGUUCAGAUUGUGAUCGUAGCCAAGCUUGUAUACGAAACAAAUGCACUGAUCCUUGUCCAGGAACGUGUGCUGCUACCGCUACUUGUAGUGUUGUCAAUCAUAUUCCCAUGUGCAGUUGUCCGGACCGAACCACUGGAAAUGCAUUCUUUGAAUGUCGACCAAUAUUAGAAUCUGUUGUAUCAAACCCUUGCCAACCAUCGCCUUGCGGACCAAACAGUCAGUGCAGGGAAAUCAACGGUCAAGCGGUUUGUUCCUGCGCUCCCAACAAUAUCGGCGCACCACCUGCUUGUCGACCUGAGUGCACAAUAAGUGCUGAAUGCCCACUUAAUCAAGCCUGUAGUAACCAACGCUGCAUCGACCCUUGUGUUGGAUCCUGUGGUGUUAACGCUGAAUGCAAAGUAGUGAACCAUAAUCCUAUUUGCACGUGCCCAGUAUCUUAUUCGGGAGAACCAUUCUCACGAUGCUUUAGACUUCCGGAGCGUUUGCCAGAAGUAGUGAAUCCAUGUACACCAUCACCUUGCGGUCCCAACUCGCUGUGCAAAGUAAUAAAUGAUGUGCCAUCUUGUACUUGCCUUGAAGGCUAUCAUGGUCAAGCUCCUUACUGUAGGCCGGAGUGUACAAGUAAUGAAGAGUGUUCUUUGCACCUAUCAUGCGUAAAUAAUAAGUGUAAAAAUCCGUGCGAAGGUGUUUGCGCUUCAAAUGCAGAAUGUAAAGUUGUGAGUCACUCUCCUAUUUGCCUCUGUCCAUAUGGAUUCACUGGAGAUCCAUUUUUCAACUGUGUCCAAGAACCAUUGCACUUAGAUCACGUGGCUAACCCGUGUACCCCGUCACCCUGUGGAGCAAACGCUGUCUGUAAAGAACGAAAUAAUGCUGGUUCAUGCACGUGCGUGGAAGGAUAUAUAGGAAAUCCUUACGAGGGUUGUCGCCCAGAAUGCGUUGUUAACACUGAUUGCCCUUCGAGUAAAGCCUGUAUAAACAACAAAUGCGGCGAUCCUUGUCCAGGAAGCUGUGGCACUAAUGCUGAUUGUCAAGUUGUAAACCAUGCUCCUCUUUGCACAUGCUUCAGUGGUUUCACUGGAGAUCCGUUCAGAUAUUGUGUUUACCAAGAAUCAACACCACCUUCUACACCAGUUGACGUAUGUUACCCGUCACCAUGUGGACCAAACAGCCAAUGUAAAGUAGUCAGUGAUCAGGCUGUUUGUUCAUGCUUACCUGAGUACGUGGGUUCUCCACCGAACUGUAGGCCAGAAUGUGUUGGCAGCGCAGAAUGUCCACAAGAUAAGGCUUGUAUUAAACAAAAAUGUGUUAACCCUUGUCCUGGACCAUGUGGGGCAAACACUAAUUGUAAAGUUAUCAACCACAGCCCAAUAUGCUCUUGCAAGCCUUCGUUUACCGGUGAUCCAUUUACCAUCUGCUCACCUGUCAAAUUUGAUGUCGUACCAGAUGUGAGAAAUCCUUGUGCCCCAUCACCAUGUGGUCCAAAUUCUGAGUGCAGAGAUAUUGGAAAUUCACCAUCAUGUUCGUGCCUCCCUACUUUUACUGGAAGUCCACCAAACUGUCGUCCAGAAUGCACAAUACACUCGGAUUGUCAAAGCAAUCGAGCUUGCAUUAAUUCUAAAUGUCAAGACCCAUGCCCAGGAUCAUGUGGUAUCUCGGCAGUAUGUAAUGUACUCAACCAUAUUCCAAUAUGUACAUGUAUUGAAGGAUAUAUCGGCGAUCCAUUCACAAGCUGUAGGCCGAAACCCCUGGAAGUUGAACCGACAGUCGUUGAUGCUUGCACAAAUAUACGAUGCGGCUCCAACGCACAAUGUAUAAAUGGCCAAUGCCAAUGUUUACCAGAAUAUCAUGGAGACCCAUACUUUAACUGUCGGCCAGAGUGCGUUUUCAGUACUGAUUGUGAUCACACCAAAGCAUGCGUACAAAGAAAAUGUGUUGAUCCAUGUAUUGGAGCCUGUGGACAAAACGCAAUAUGCCAAGUGGUUAAUCAUAUCCCAAUGUGCAGUUGUAAUAGUGGAUUCACUGGAAAUGCUUUCGUUUUAUGCAAUCCACUUAGAGAAACACCCACGUAUAAUCCGUGCAGUACCGCAGUGUGUGGCCCCAACAGUCAGUGUCGAGAAAUUAACAAUCAACCCGUGUGUUCGUGUCUGCCUACAUACCUGGGAAUACCACCUGCUUGUCGACCAGAAUGUGUAGUCAAUGCAGAGUGCCCGCAGAACCAAGCUUGCAUGAAACAGAAAUGUGUCAACCCUUGCAUCGGAACUUGUGGCUUGAGGGCCACGUGCGAAGUUGUCAAUCACAAUCCAAUCUGUGCUUGUACUGCACCACACGUUGGUGAUCCCUUCGUCGAAUGCACUAUUCAUGCAGAUACUCCAGUGACAGUGGUCAACCCAUGUCAACCUUCACCGUGUGGACCGAACUCUAUGUGUAAAGAUAUUAAUGGAACUCCUUCGUGUAUUUGCCUACCAGAAUAUAAGGGUCAACCUCCUUAUUGUAAACCCGAAUGUAUAAGUAAUAGUGAGUGCUCACCGCAAUUAGCGUGCGUCAAUCAAAAAUGUAAAGAUCCGUGCCUACAAGCGUGCGGAUCAAAUGCCGAAUGCCGUGUAGUCAGCCACUCAGCAAUGUGCGUAUGCCCACAAGGCUACUUUGGAGAUCCAUUUUCGCAAUGCACACUCCAAAACGUGAAUGAGUUAUUAACUCCAUGUUCACCUUCGCCGUGUGGGCCUAACGCAGUCUGUAAAGAACAGAACAAAGCGGGAUCUUGCAUUUGUAAUGAGGGAUAUUUCGGAAAUCCCUACGAAGGAUGUCGACCGGAAUGCGUUAGCAACACAGACUGUCCAGGAAAUAAAGCAUGUAUAGGAAACAAAUGUCAAGAUCCUUGCCCUGGUACUUGUGGAAUUAACGCAGAUUGUACAACAGUGCACCAUACCCCCACUUGUACAUGCAUUGUAGGCUACACGGGUGACGCAUACCGUAGGUGCAACCUCAUUCCUCAACAAGAUUUAACUCCUGUUAACGUCUGCUAUCCGAACCCGUGCGGGCCCAAUAGCCAGUGUCGCGAAAUAAAUAACCAAGCAACCUGUAGUUGUUUACCGAACUAUAUAGGACAGCCACCUUCUUGCAGACUGGAAUGCGUUAUGAAUUCAGACUGUGUCUCAGAUAAGGCCUGUAUAAACCAAAAGUGUGUAAAUCCCUGUCCUGGCCCUUGUGGCCAGAAAGCUGAGUGCAGGGUAUUUAAUCACAAUCCUAUAUGUAGUUGUGGAUCAGGACUAAUUGGCGAUCCUUUCACAAGAUGUUAUCCAAAACCAGUAUCACAGCCGGUCCAAGACGAGUUCAGGGAUCCAUGCCUACCAUCACCGUGCGGUGCCUUUGCGACAUGUCGUAAUUUUAGAGACCAGGCGUCAUGUUCUUGUUCCCUGGGCUACAUCGGCAGUCCACCAAAUUGCCGUCCAGAAUGUAUAACGCAUCAAGAUUGUAUUAGCUCUUUAGCUUGCAUUAAUGAAAAGUGUAAAGAUCCAUGCCUUGGUUCUUGUGGCCAAAACGCUCUCUGUUCGGUUAUUAAUCACGUCGCAAUCUGCUCUUGCUUGGAGGAAUACAAGGGAGAUCCAUUUACUGCGUGUGUUAAACAGCCACCACAAGAUCUAGCUCCACUGGACUUAUGUUAUCCAUCACCUUGUGGUUCAAAUGCUGAUUGCUUUAAUGGAGAAUGUACAUGUCAACCAGAAUAUCACGGUGACCCGUAUGUUGGUUGUCGUCCAGAGUGUACCAUUAGCACUGACUGUCAACGAAACCAGAUCUGUGUGCGUAAAAAAUGCGUAAACCCAUGUCCGGACAUCUGCGGUGCUAAUGCUAUAUGCGAAGUUUUCAAUCACAUACCGAUGUGCAGUUGUCCAGCCGGCUACACUGGAAACUCGUUUGUCUCAUGCAACAUUCUUCAAGUACCGUUACCGGCUAAUCCAUGUAAUCCAAGCCCUUGUGGCCCUAACAGUCAAUGCCGAGAAGUCAACAAGGUCGCGGUGUGUUCGUGCUUACCUGGCUAUUCAGGAAACCCACCUACGUGUAGACCAGAAUGCACAACCAGUGCUGAAUGUCCACUAAACAAGGCGUGCAACAAUUACAAAUGUAUUGACCCAUGCACUGGAUCUUGUGGUGUGGGAGCGCUUUGUGAAGUCAUUAAUCACAAUCCAAUCUGUUCGUGUCCGAACGAUUUUACUGGCGAUCCAUUCACAAGAUGCAUUCCGAAACCACUGGAAACCCCAAUACAAGUGAACCCUUGUUUGCCUUCUCCUUGCGGACCAAACUCCAUUUGCCAAAACAUCAACGAUUCACCGUCGUGUACUUGCAUGCCAGAGUUUAUAGGAACACCCCCGAAUUGUCGUCCAGAAUGCUCUAGUAAUAGCGAAUGUCCUAACGACUUAGCUUGCAUUAACAGCAAAUGCAGCAAUCCUUGUAUAGGAGCUUGCGGUUCGAUGGCAGAAUGCCGUGUAGUAAGCCAUACGCCUAACUGUGUGUGUCCACAAGGAUAUUUCGGAGAUCCUUUCGUCGUAUGUAAUGUGCAAUAUGAUACGACACCUUUCGAACGGCCUACACCUUGCACUCCAUCUCCAUGUGGAAGCAAUGCCAUCUGCAAGGAACGUAACAACGCUGGCUCUUGUGUCUGUUCAUCUGGUUACUUUGGAAAUCCGUACGAAGGCUGCCGCCCAGAAUGUACGGUGAACACUGAUUGCCCCUCAAAUAGCGUAUGCCAGCAAAACAAAUGCCAAGAUCCGUGCCCAGGAACGUGUGGUACCAAUGCUCAAUGUCAAACAAUUAACCAUGCGCCUAUUUGUACAUGCAAUAGUGGUUACACAGGAAAUCCAUUCCAAAAUUGUGUGCUAAUUCAAAAUACUGAACCACCUACAAAUCCUUGUGCACCAUCGCCAUGCGGUCCAAACAGCGCAUGCAAAGUAAUCAACGACCAGGCAGUAUGUACUUGUUUGCCAGAUUACCGAGGCGCUCCGCCAAAUUGUAGACCUGAAUGCGUUGUCAGCGCUGAAUGCCCCACAAACAAAGCUUGUAUAGCAUUAAAAUGUGCAGAUCCAUGUGUUGGACAAUGUGGACUAAAUGCAAACUGCCUUGUCAUCAAUCAUAGUCCGAUAUGUUCUUGUAGAAAUGGUUUUUCAGGGGAUCCAUUUAGUAGGUGUUAUCAAUUGCUAGAAAGUACCCCGGUACAAACAGAAACACCUAAAAACCCUUGCUUGCCCUCACCUUGUGGACCGUUUAGCGAAUGUAGAGAUAGUGGUGGCGUACCUUCCUGUAGUUGCCUUUCCAACUACAUCGGAGCUCCACCCAGCUGUCGACCUGAGUGCAUAAUAAAUGCGGAUUGUCCUAGCAACUUAGCUUGUAUCAAUCAGAAAUGCAAAGACCCUUGUCCGGGAUCUUGUGGAUUAAACGCACAGUGUAUUGUGAAUAAAAACAUGCCUAUUUGUACCUGCCUUGAUAACUACGUCGGAGAUGCUUUUACUGAAUGCAAGUUACAAGAAAUACCUAAUGAUGAAGUGGAUUUAUGCAAUCCGUCUCCGUGUGGCGCCAAUGCUGUUUGCGAUAAUGGUGAAUGCUCAUGUCUGCCAGAAUACCAAGGAGACCCAUACUUUGAGUGUCGGCCUGAAUGCGUACUUAGCUCUGAUUGUCCUCAAGAUAAAGCUUGUAUAAGAAAUAAAUGCGUUAACCCAUGUAAUAGUGAAGUAUGUGCAGAUAAUGCAAUUUGUGAUGUAAUUAAUCACGUACCAAUGUGCAGAUGCCCAGACAGAAUGACUGGCAAUGCAUUUGUGCGAUGCUCGCCAGUUGAAGUUAUUCACACACAACCGUGUCAACCGAGCCCGUGCGGACCAAACAGUCAAUGUCGAGAAAUAAAUAAUCAAGCUGUAUGUUCAUGUUUGUCUGGAUACAAAGGAAGCCCACCAUCUUGUAGACCAGAAUGUACAGUAAGCUCUGAUUGUCUGCCAAAUGAAGCCUGCAGCAACAUGAAAUGUGUAAACCCUUGUCAAGGAUCCUGUGGCAUCGGAGCUAAAUGUCAAGUGAUUAAUCAUAAUCCCAUAUGUUCUUGCCCACCAUCGUACACAGGAAAUCCAUUUGUCAGGUGCAUUAUUCAAGAGUUCACGCCAGAGGUUGUCAAUCCUUGUGUUCCAUCUCCUUGUGGACCCAACUCUAUCUGCAAAGAAACGUCGGGCGCACCUUCAUGUUCAUGCCAAAGUGGUUUUGUGGGUUCACCGCCAUACUGUAAGCCUGAAUGUAUAAGCAACGCCGAGUGUCCUCUUCAACAAGCUUGCAUAAACCAAAAAUGUGUCGAUCCUUGUAUCGGUUCAUGUGGCACAAACACUCAGUGUCACGUAAUAAGUCACUCUCCUUCAUGUUCCUGCAUACCUGAAUAUACAGGCAAUCCAUUCGUGGAAUGUCACAGAACUGAAGUGUACCAAGAGUAUACAUCACCAUGCCAACCCUCACCUUGUGGUGCUAAUGCUGUUUGCAAGGAAUACAAUGGAGCAGGAUCAUGCACUUGCUUACCGGAAUACUUUGGUAAUCCUUACGAAGGUUGCAGGCCAGAAUGUAUUAUAAACACAGACUGUCCGGCAAACAAAGCCUGCCUUCAAAAUAAAUGCCAAGAUCCGUGUCCUGGAGCUUGUGCGCCCAAUGCAUUGUGCCAAGUCGUCUCCCAUGCUCCAUCAUGUUCUUGUCAACGGGGUUAUACAGGAGACCCUUUCAGAUAUUGCACUCCGGAACAAAUUCUGGAAUCUCCUAUUGAUGUGUGUAGGCCAUCACCAUGCGGACCAAACAGUCGAUGCCAAGAAGUUAAUAAACAAGCAGUCUGCUCAUGUCUACCUGACUAUAUAGGAGUACCACCAGGAUGUCAUCCUGAAUGUGUCACAAGCCCAGAAUGCCCAAGGGAAAAAGCAUGUAUAAACCAAAAAUGUGAAAAUCCGUGUAUAAAUGCCUGUGGCACAAACGCUGAAUGUAAAGUAAUUAACCAUAGCCCUAUUUGUACGUGCGUUUCUCAAUAUACGGGUGAUCCAUUUACUCGAUGCAACCCCAUACCACCACCGGUGGCAAAUUCAGUACUAGAACCUUACAGAAACCCAUGUAUUCCAUCGCCGUGUGGCCCGAAUUCCAUUUGUCAAGAAAUAAGAAACUUCCCAUCUUGCUCUUGCAUGCCAAACUACAUUGGAAGUCCUCCGAACUGCAAACCUGAAUGUACUAUAAACGCCGAGUGUUCAACUUCUCAAGCCUGCAUUCAGCAGAAGUGUCGCGAUCCAUGUCUGGGCUCUUGUGGUAUAGGUGCUCUCUGUACAGUGUCACGCCACACUCCUAUAUGCACAUGUCCUGAAGGCUACACUGGAGAUGCAUUCACAGUAUGCUCUCCGAAACCACUUGAAAUUGAAAUCGUUGAUAAAUGUAACCCAUCUCCUUGCGGGACGAAUGCUGUGUGCAACGAUGGUUCAUGCUCAUGUAUCGCAGAACAUCAAGGCGAUCCUUAUGUGGGCUGUCGGCCCGAAUGCGUUCUUAGCACAGAUUGUCCACGAGACAAGGCGUGUGUCAGAAACAAAUGCGUAGACCCAUGUCCUGGAACAUGUGCUUCCAACGCUCUUUGUGAUGUCAUCAAUCAUGUGCCCAUGUGUAGCUGUCCUCAAGGAAUGACUGGAAACGCUUUUUACAAUUGCGAGCCCAUUCAUGUUCCAAUCGUGUCAAACCCGUGUGUGCCUUCACCUUGUGGACCAAACAGUCAAUGUAGAGAAGUAAAUGGGCAAGCUGUGUGUUCUUGUGUAGCUGGGUAUCUUGGAAGUCCACCUCUUUGUAGGCCUGAAUGUGUAGUCAGCUCUGACUGUCCGCUAAAUAGAGCCUGCAGUAAUCAGAAAUGCAUUGAUCCUUGCAUUGGUUCGUGUGGCGUGGAAGCCAAAUGUAAUGUGGUGAAGCAUAAUCCAAUAUGUACGUGCUCGAACAAAUAUACCGGAGAUCCGUUCGUUCGAUGUGUUCCAUACAGAGCGCCUGUUGCAGAUGUAGCUCCUUGUUUGCCAUCGCCAUGUGGACCGAAUUCAAUUUGCCAAGAUAACUCGGGUACUCCGUCCUGUACUUGUUUACCGAACUUCUUUGGUUCUCCACCAUACUGUCGACCUGAAUGUUCCAGUAACAGUGAAUGCCCUUCUAAUCAAGCGUGCGUCAAUCAAAAAUGCAAAGACCCGUGCACUAACGCAUGCGGUGUCAACGCUCAGUGUAGAGCAAUUAGUCACUCUCCAAUGUGCUUCUGCGAAAAUGGGUUUACAGGAGAUCCCUUUACCAAUUGUUAUCAACAAGAUAUUUAUCCUGAAAAGUCCUCGCCUUGUGAACCGUCACCCUGCGGACCAAAUGCUCAGUGUAAGGAAUAUAAUGGAGCCGGUUCUUGCUCUUGCCUACCCGAGUAUAUUGGCAACCCAUAUGAAGGAUGUAGGCCUGAAUGUACAGUGAAUACUGACUGUAUUCCAAGUAAAUCAUGUAUUCGUAACAAAUGUCAAGAUCCAUGUCCGGGAACGUGUGGCCCGAUGGCACUGUGUACGGUAGUUAACCACCUACCUUCAUGCAGCUGCCCGAGUGGUUACAGUGGGGAUCCCUAUAGAAGAUGUGAUGUAUUAAGAGAUCCUCUGCCAGAAGUUUCAACACCUUGCACACCUAACCCUUGCGGACCGAAUAGCAUUUGUCGAGCUGUUAACGGACAGAGUGUAUGCUCUUGUAUGCCAAAUUACAUCGGCUCUCCUCCUGGAUGUCGACCAGAAUGUACUGUUAGCUCAGAAUGUUCUAGAGACAAAGCUUGUAUAAACCAGAAAUGUAGUGAUCCUUGUCCAGGGCACUGUGGGUUGAACUCAAAUUGCAGGGUAAUAAAUCACAGUCCUAUAUGUUCUUGUAGUCAAGGCUUUAUAGGUGAUCCAUUCACUCGCUGUUACCCACAACCACCAGUUCAACACAUUCCGGAACCUCUCAGGAACCCCUGUGUACCGAACCCUUGUGGCGAGAAUGCUAUAUGCCGUGAUAUUAAUGGGUCACCAUCAUGUACUUGUAUGCCUGACUAUCAAGGAAUGCCACCCAACUGCAGACCUGAAUGCGCUAUAAACCAAGACUGUCCAUCUGACAAGGCGUGUAUUAAUCUGAAAUGCCGUGAUCCCUGCCCUGGUAGUUGUGGACAAAACGCUAUAUGUUCAGUAUUUUCUCACGUUCCUGCCUGUACAUGUAACCAAGGAUUUACUGGUGAUCCGUUUACAGCGUGUGUUUUGAAUAAACCCGUUGAAAAUGACAUCCCGACGGAUCCUUGCAACCCUUCGCCUUGUGGCUUUAACGCUCAAUGCAGAGACGGGGUUUGUACUUGUUUGUCUGAUUAUCAGGGAGAUCCAUAUUUCGGUUGUAAACCAGAAUGCGUUUCUAACAUGGAUUGUCCCGCAGACAAGGUUUGUUCUGGAAACAAAUGCAUAAAUCCUUGCCCAGGAACUUGUGCCCCAACCGCACAGUGCAAUGUUUACAACCACAUUCCAAUAUGUACAUGUCCUGAAGGAACUACAGGAAAUGCAUUUGUAGAAUGUCACAAAUAUCAAGUAAUGAUCGUGGAACCAUGUAACCCCAGCCCUUGUGGCCCUAAUAGUCAGUGCCGACCAAUAAACAACCAAGCUGUGUGCUCGUGUCUGCCGUCAUUCUUAGGAAGCCCGCCAUCAUGUAGACCGGAGUGUACAAUAAGUGCUGAAUGUCCUCUGAACGAGGCCUGUAAUAAUCACAAGUGUAUUAACCCUUGCAUCGGUAGCUGUGGGUACGGAGCAAGAUGUGAGGUCGUAAACCAUAAUCCAAUAUGCUCAUGUCCUGCACGACAUACUGGAGAUCCGUUCUCGCGUUGCAGCCCAAUAGUAUCCAGCCCGCUGCCAUCUGUUGAUCCAUGUACGCCAUCGCCUUGUGGGCCCUAUUCGAUAUGUAAAGUGAUUGGCGAGUCACCAUCGUGCACUUGUCAGUCCGAUUACUUUGGAGCUCCUCCUAAUUGUAGGCCAGAGUGCGUCAGCAACUCGGAAUGUCCUAGUAAUUUGGCCUGUAUCAACCAAAAGUGUAAAGACCCAUGCCCAGGAAGCUGUGGAUAUAAUGCUGACUGUAAAGUUAUAAGUCAUGCAUUAGUAUGUUCAUGUCCAUUUGGACAAACAGGAGAUCCGUUAAUAUCAUGCUCGCCAAUGAAAGAUACCAUAAUUGAAUACAGCUCCCCUUGUGAACCUUCGCCUUGUGGACUCAACGCUGAGUGCACAGAAAGAAACGGAGCAGGUGCUUGUAAAUGUAUCGACACAUAUGUGGGUAAUCCUUAUGAGGGCUGUCGACCUGAAUGUGUUAUUAACACAGAUUGUCCUCCAAUGUUGGCUUGCAUUCAGAACAAAUGCAAGGACCCUUGUCCAGGCAUUUGUGCACCAAAUGGGAUUUGUCAAGUCAUAAACCAUCUUCCUUCUUGCUACUGUCCACCUGGUCUGACUGGAAAUGCUUACGUAAACUGCAUUCAGAAAGUUGAAGAUGAAGUUAAACCGACACCUUGUACUCCAUCGCCUUGUGGCCCUAACAGUUUGUGCAGAGAAGUCAACUCUCAAGCAGUGUGUAGUUGUCAACUUGACUUCAUGGGGACACCACCUAACUGUCGACCAGAAUGUACUAUAAGCAGUGAAUGUGCUAGUAACAAGGCAUGUCUAAACCGAAAAUGUGUAGAUCCAUGCGUCGGUCAAUGUGCAAGAAACGCCAAUUGUAGAGUAAUCGCCCACAAUCCGAUAUGUUCCUGUCAAGAUCGCUACACAGGAGAUCCAUUCACAAAUUGCGUUCCAACGCCGCUCUCUAGACCGGAAAUCAGGCCUGAAGUAAAUCCAUGCGUGCCAUCACCUUGCGGACCAAACUCGCAAUGUCAAGAGUUCAACGGCAACGCACGCUGUACUUGUCUUCCUAAUUAUAUAAGUUCUCCUCCAAGGUGUAGACCGGAGUGUACCAUCAACUCUGAGUGUAAUGCAGUUAUGGCUUGUAUCAAUAACAAAUGUGUCGACCCAUGUCCGGGAGUGUGCGGCAGCAACGCACAGUGCAACGUCAAUAAUCACUUGCCAUCCUGCUCUUGCUUACCGGGAUUCACUGGCGAUCCAUUCAGCAGAUGUGAUAUCAUGCAUCAAGAUAUGGAGCCAGUAAACCCUUGUUCUCCUUCGCCAUGUGGUGCAAAUGCUAUAUGUGAGAAUGGGGCUUGCUUAUGUUUACCAGAAUACUUUGGAGAUCCUUAUUUUGGCUGUAAACCCGAAUGUGUCCUGAACUCCGACUGUUCACGGGACAAGGCAUGUGUAAGAAACAAAUGCACGGAUCCUUGCGUGGGAACAUGCGGCACUGGUGCUAUCUGUGAAACUAUCAAUCAUAUUCCAAUGUGUUCAUGCCCACUAGGCUAUACAGGCUCGCCAUUUGUUUUUUGCAAUGAACUGAAAGUACCCACGGUGCCUACAAACCUAUGUGAACCAUCACCUUGUGGUCCAUACAGUCAAUGUAGAGAAGUAAGUGGGCAUGCCGUUUGCGUCUGUGUGCAAGGCUUUAUAGGCAGCCCACCAAACUGUCGCCCAGAGUGCACAGUCAGCUCCGAUUGUAAACUGAACCAGGCUUGCUCCAACCAGAAAUGUAUAGACCCAUGUCCCGGAGCAUGCGGUCGUCAUACCCAGUGCAUUGUUGUUAAUCAUAAUCCAGUAUGCACUUGUCUCUCUGGAUAUUCUGGCGAUCCUUUCUCAAUUUGCCAGUUAAUCCCUGCUACACCACCUGAAAAAAUAAAUCCAUGCUUGCCGUCUCCGUGUGGCCCUAAUUCACAAUGCACGGAAAUUGGAGAUAACGCAGAUUGCCGAUGCUUACCUGAAUUUAUAGGUGCGCCACCGAACUGUAGGCCUGAGUGUACAUCUAACACAGAAUGUGCCUCAAACAUGGCUUGCAUAAACAGAAAGUGUCAAGAUCCUUGCCGAGGUUCAUGUGGUGUCAACGCGGAAUGUAGAGUCGUGAGUCAUACACCGAUAUGUCUGUGCCAAAAUGGAUUCACGGGCGAUCCUUUCAUCUACUGUAAUCCUGAAGUAGCUGCCAUAGAACAAGAACGUCCCACACCUUGCGUACCUUCACCUUGUGGUGCAAACGCUGAAUGCAGAGAACAAAACAAUGCUGGCUCCUGUAGAUGUAUUCCUGGAUACUUUGGUAAUCCGUACGAAGCGUGCAAACCGGAAUGUUUGGUUAAUUCAGAUUGUCCGUCAAACUUGGCAUGUUAUCAAAAUAAAUGUCACGAUCCUUGUCCAGGGACAUGCGGCAUAAAUGCUCUCUGUAACGUCAUUAAUCAUAUUCCAAGUUGUUCUUGCCCAGACCAGCACUAUGGUGAUCCAUACAAGAUUUGCUCAUUCAAGGUUCAAGCGGACCCUGUAGAUCCAUGCAAUCCCUCACCAUGCGGACCUAAUAGCCAGUGCAAAACUCAGAAUGGUAUAGCAAUCUGCACGUGCGUAAGCGGUUAUCAAGGAUCUCCGCCGAUGUGCCGACCGGAAUGCGUUACAAGUUCGGAAUGUCCUCUAGACAAAGUGUGCGUUAACUUUAAAUGUGAAUCGCCUUGUGAAAAUGCAUGUGGUAUACAAACAGAAUGCAGAGUGAUCAAACACAACCCAAUUUGUUCUUGCAAACAAGGUUAUACUGGUGAUCCAUUCUCGGUAUGUUAUGUAAUUCCUGAAAAACAACCGACAUUGAUGGAGCAAGUCAACCCAUGCAUCCCUUCACCAUGUGGUUUGAAUGCAGAAUGUCGCGACAUUGGUGGAGUACCAUCUUGUUCAUGUACAGUUGGAUUCUUUGGCAGCCCACCAAACUGUAAACCUGAAUGCGUAGUGAACACGGAUUGUAGCAAUGAUAAGGCUUGUAUGAAUAUGAAAUGCCAGAACCCAUGUUUGGGCUCGUGUGGACUAAGUGCUAUCUGCAACGUUGUGAACCACAUACCUGUUUGCUCAUGUCCCAACGGAUAUGAAGGAGAUCCAUUUGCAAUAUGCAACAUCAAACCUAUAGAAACACCACAAAGAGUUGAUCCUUGCUAUCCAUCGCCAUGUGGUGCUAACGCACUAUGUGAUAAUGGCGAAUGUAGAUGUUUACCUGAAUAUCAAGGAGAUCCGUACUUCGGUUGCCGGCCCGAAUGUGUUCUGAGCACUGAUUGCCCGCUAGACAAAGCAUGUUUAAGAUCAAAAUGCGUAGAUCCCUGUAGAGACAUGUGUGGAUCGAACGCGGAAUGUAACGUCUAUAACCAUGUUGCUAUCUGCAGCUGCCCUAGUGGUAUGACUGGAGAUGCAUUCACUCAGUGCAUUCGAAUUGAAAAACCUGUUGGUAGGCCAUGUGAGCCCUCUCCUUGUGGGCCAAAUAGUGUUUGUAGGGAAGCGAAUGGCCAAGCUGUGUGCGCCUGUGUUCAAGGCUUUAUAGGCAACCCACCAAACUGUCGCCCGGAAUGUAUUCAGAGUACAGAUUGUCCACCAUCACAGGCUUGUAUUAACCGAAAAUGUCAAGAUCCUUGUCCUGGCUCAUGCGGAUAUAACGCGAUAUGUAACGUUAACAACCAUAACCCGAUAUGCACAUGUCCACCGAGACAUACCGGCUCACCAUUUGGUCACUGUUAUGUUCAAGCCAUUGAAGAACAACUUACAAAUCCAUGUGUACCAUCACCAUGUGGACCAAAUAGUAUUUGUAAUCCAACGCCAAACGGCAAGUCAUACAUUUGCACAUGUCAGCCAACGUUCGAAGGAACACCACCACAAUGUCGCCGCGAGUGUACCACCAGCGAGGACUGUCCAUCAAAUAGAGCUUGUAUGAAUUACAAAUGCAAUGACCCAUGUCCUGGAUCAUGUGGUAGUAAUACACAAUGUGUUGUACGUUUACACAGUCCUAUGUGCUCAUGUCAAGAUGGGUACACCGGUGAUCCAUUCACAUCAUGUUAUUUAAUACCUCAAGCAGUAGAAAAAAUAGACCCUUGUAAUCCAACACCAUGCGGAGCUAAUGCCCAGUGCAAAGUUUCGAGAAAUGGGGCCGCUGCAUGCAUAUGUGAACCUGGAUAUUUUGGAAACCCAUACGAGUCUUGCAGACCCGAAUGUGUGGUGAAUACUGACUGUCCUUAUAAUAAAGCCUGUCUGAGAAAUAAAUGUGAAGAUCCUUGUCCAGGAGUAUGUGGUUCUACUGCAAUAUGUCAAGUUGUCAAUCAUAUUCCAUCAUGCAAUUGUGCUCCAGGCUACACAGGAAAUCCGUACACUUACUGUCACAUUGUUAUUAAUGAACCUGUCUCCACUCCACAAAAUCCAUGUGUGCCCAACCCAUGUGGAAGCAAUUCAAUCUGCAAAGAAAACAAUGGACAAGCUACGUGCUCAUGUAUGCCAGAUUUCUUCGGAUCUCCACCUAAUUGCCGACCAGAGUGCACAGUGAACUCGGAGUGUGACGUUACUAAGAGUUGUGUUAGGCAAAAAUGUGUGAAUCCAUGCAUUGGUGCGUGUGGACAAGAUGCUGAAUGCAGAGUGGUUAACCACGCUCCGAUAUGUUCUUGUCGAAGAGGAUUUGAAGGAGAUCCAUUCGUUAGAUGCGCUUAUGUAAUAGAAUCGACACCUCCUCUUCACGACCAGAACCCAUGCAUACCGUCACCAUGUGGACCUAAUUCUCAGUGUCAAAUUGUGAACCAAAUAUCAUCAUGCUCUUGCUUAGAAAACUAUAUCGGUACCCCUCCUAACUGCCGAUCAGAAUGCACUGUGAACUCGGACUGUCCUAGCACUAAGGCUUGCAUAAACCAAAAAUGUCGCGAUCCGUGCCAGGGAUCAUGUGGCCUUCAAACUGAAUGCCAGGUGUACCAGCACGCUGCUAUAUGCAGUUGUAGAGAAGGAUAUACUGGAAAUCCAUUCGAAAGCUGUCAUGUCAAGGAGAAAAUAGAACAUGUGCCUACCCAAUAUGAUAAGUGCAAUCCGAGUCCCUGUGGAGCUAACGCCGACUGCAACGAUGGUCUAUGUACGUGUAGGCCUAAUUACUUUGGCAAUCCUUACCUAAGUUGCCGACCAGAAUGCACUCACAAUUCAGACUGUGCCUCCGCCUUAACGUGUGUGAACAAUAAAUGUAUAAACCCGUGCACAAAUCUUUGCGGGCAAGGAGCGCUGUGUGAAGUGUACAACCACAUACCAAUGUGUAGUUGUCCUUCAAACACCACUGGAAAUGCAUUCUUUACAUGUACAGCAGUCGUGAUACCACAAAAUAAGGAUCCUUGUUAUCCGUCUCCAUGUGGUCCAUACAGCACAUGUCGAACAUUUAAUGAGCAAGCCGUGUGUUCAUGUCUUAUGGGCUACAUCGGUGUUCCUCCAGCAUGCAGACCAGAAUGUUUGGUAGAUUCGGAGUGCACAAGCCUCAUGUCCUGCUCAAACCAAAAAUGCGUUGAUCCUUGUAUGGGUUCUUGUGGGCUAAACGCGGAGUGCAGAGUUCAUAACCACAAGCCCAUAUGUUACUGCAGAAAUGGUUUCACCGGUGAUCCAUUUACGCACUGUGCUGUUGUUCAACACGAUCCACCACCAAAACGUACGCCGUGUGAACCAUCGCCAUGUGGACCAAAUAGUGAAUGUCGAGCGAUAAAUGAAGCACCAUCGUGUUCAUGUCUGACCGGUUACAUGGGACAACCGCCAUAUUGUCGCCCUGAAUGUGUCACAAAUAGUGAAUGUAGCUUUAACAAGGCUUGCAUUAAUCAGAAGUGCGUCGAUCCAUGCGUAGGCGCCUGCGGAAUUAACGCGGAAUGUCGAGUUAUCAGCCAUUCUCCCCAAUGUAUUUGCCAGACCGGAUACGAGGGUGACUCAUUCUAUCAAUGCAAUCCGAUUAAAGUCCCUACAGAAAAACCAGCUUCACCAAUUGAGCCGUGUGUACCUAGCCCGUGUGGACCCAAUGCCGUUUGUCAGGAGCGUAACAAUGCAGGCAGUUGUACCUGUGUUACUGGAUACUUUGGCAAUCCUUACGAGGGUUGCAGGCCUGAAUGCGUUAUUAACUCUGACUGUUCAGAAAAUCUCGCAUGUAUCAACAAUAGAUGUCAAGACCCAUGCCCUGGCCUGUGCGGAACAAAUGCUGAAUGUCAAAUGAUUAAUCAUAUUCCUAAUUGUGCCUGCAUAACAGGAUAUGUAGGCAAUCCCCAUGGCAGAUGCAUUCUCAGAGAAGAACCUCCAACCGACCCGUGUCAACCUUCACCAUGUGGCCCUAAUAGUAUUUGCAAUGCUGUCAACAACAAGGCUAUGUGCACAUGCAUGUCAGAAUAUAUUGGCCGGCCACCAAACUGUAGACUGGAAUGCAUGACCAGCUCAGAGUGUUCUCUUGACAAAGCAUGUAUUAGACAGAAGUGCAUUGACCCAUGCAUUGGAGCAUGUGGAGAAAACGCACAGUGUCGCGUCUACCACCACAGCCCAUACUGCACCUGUCUCCCAGGUUUUGAAGGCGAUGCAUUUAUUAGAUGUUCAAAAGAAAAAGCACCCCCGCCACAAGUAGCAACACCGUGCGAACCCAACCCUUGCGGACCAUUCUCGAUAUGCAGAGAUGCUAGUGGCUUGGCUAUUUGUAGCUGCAAGGAGGGAUACUUUGGUGCCCCGCCACGAUGUGCUCCCGAAUGUGUCAUCAACGAAGACUGUCCGAAUGACAAAGCUUGUGUCCGAGAGAGAUGUGUUGACCCAUGUCUCGGGUCUUGUGGUUCUAAUACGGAAUGCAGAGCAAUGAACCAUCUUGCUAUAUGUACAUGUUUACCUAAUUACCGCGGUAAUUCUUUUGUUGGAUGCUAUUUAUCCGAUGAACCACAAUUGCCCGUUCCAUUAGAUCCUUGUGCACAGAAUCCGUGCGGCAGCAAUGCAAUUUGUAGCAACGGCACAUGUUCAUGUAUACCUGGAUAUCAUGGCAAUCCUGCAAUUGAAUGUCGACCACAAUGUACAAUUGACAAUGACUGUGAUAGAAGAAAGGCCUGUGUCAAUUAUAAAUGCGUUGACCCAUGUAAAAAUGCUUGUGGUCUUGACGCAAUAUGCAACGUCUACAACCACAUCGCUAUUUGCGAGUGCCCAGCACCACUUCAGGGAGACGCCUUUAUAGCGUGUAGACGCGUGAUAGCACCCGUGGAAACAGAUCCUUGCUCGCCAAACCCAUGCGGACCAAACAGCGUAUGUCGUGCACAAGGAACCGUGGCACACUGUUCAUGUCGUCCACCUAUGAUGGCAGACCCGCCUAGUUGCCGACCUGAAUGCCGUAGUUCGGCCGACUGCCCUCCCACACUGGCGUGUCGCAAUGAGAAGUGCCGUGAUCCAUGCCCAGGCUCAUGCGGUGCACACGCUAUUUGUCGCACUACUAUGCAUUCGCCAAUUUGUACUUGCCCAUCUGGAUAUACUGGCGAUCCGUUCAUUCGUUGCAUACCAGUGCUAGAUUCUGAACCCAAAAAGUCUUCACCAUGUCCCGACUGUGGACCAAACGCUGACUGCGUCGAUAGCCAAUGUCGCUGUCGUCCAGGCUUUUUCGGAGCUCCACCAUUCUGUCGUUAUGAGUGUUUGGACUCUAAUGACUGUGAAUGGCAUCUUACCUGCAUUAACAGACAUUGUGUAGACCCCUGUCCUGGAGCCUGCGGACAAGGAGCUCAAUGCAAUCCGGUUGCUCAUGAACCGCGAUGCGUUUGCCCACCAUCUACUACUGGAAAUCCUUUAACAGCGUGUCUUCCCAUCGAAAAUAUUCCUAAACAACCAAAUGACCCGUGUGUUCCAUCACCGUGUGGGCCUGGUGCCGUGUGCCGCACCAAAGGAACCGGCGCUUCUUGCGAAUGCGAGCCUGGCCUGCGGGGUGACCCGAACACAGGAUGCCGACCGGAAUGUCUUGCGGACUCUGACUGCUCUCCUACUAAAGCUUGUAUACGUUCCCACUGCCGUGACCCUUGCCAGGGUACUUGCGGCGUAGGAGCCGAUUGUGAAACUGUCAACCAUAUUCCUUUAUGUUCUUGUCCACCUGGAACCAGAGGGAACGCAUUUGAGAGAUGCUACGUAGAAAUGACCCAACCGCCAUGUACUCCUUCACCCUGUGGACCUGGUGCUUUGUGCACUGUAAUCGGUGACAGCGCCAUGUGUUCGUGCCCGAGCGGUACCAGUGGUGAUGCAUCGACCACUGGCUGCAGACCGGAGUGCGUGGUCAGCUCAGAGUGUCCGCGCGACCGCGCCUGUGUUCGCAACAAGUGCAUUGACCCCUGCCCCGGCACGUGCGGUAACGGCGCUAUGUGCCGCGUAUUUAACCAUGCCCCAAUCUGCUGGUGUCCACCUUCCACAUCCGGUGAUCCAUUUGUUGGCUGCAUAGAAACACCAAAGAAGCCUCAGGAUCCAUGUGACCCCAACCCAUGUGGACCACAUGGAACAUGUCGAAAUGGAAUAUGCACAUAUUAUGAGUGUACAGUAAACGAUGACUGCUCUGGAGACCGAGCAUGUAUCAACAGAAAGUGCACUGAUCCGUGCGUGAGUGCAUGUGGUAUAAACGCGCUGUGUACAGGUGUCAGACACUCGCCUGUGUGCUCUUGCCCUGCUGGGUAUACUGGGUCGCCACUAGUACGCUGUGAACGCAUUAUUAUCUCUACGCCAGCGCCACCUGUUCCAGAAUGUUUAAGGGAUGAACAGUGUGAGGAUAACGCUGCGUGUAUUGACACACAUUGUUCACCUGUUUGCGGAGUCAAUAACUGUGGCCUGAAUGCACGCUGCCUAGCCAAACAACAUAGGGCUCUUUGUACUUGUUUACCAGGAUACGAAGGCGAUGCUUAUACAGGAUGCUACUCAGUGCAAUGCCACAGUAAUAAUGAUUGCCCAGACGAUGAGAGCUGCGAAAGCGGUUCCUGUAUAAAGGUGUGUUCACGCGUACGUUGUGGCUUGGAAGCACAUUGUGUUGCCCGGGGUCACACUGCGGCUUGUGAAUGCGAUGCUGGGGCUCACGGCAAUCCAUGGACCGGAUGCCGCAGAGCGGAAUGUGUUGUGGACGAAGACUGCUCAUCGUGGCUCGCUUGCUCUCGUGGCACUUGCAAAGACCCUUGCCUUGGCGCAUGCGCUCAAGGUGCCAUCUGCACAGUUGUACGUCAUGUACCAACUUGCGAGUGCCCAAGAGGUACACAGGGUAAUCCUAAGAUCGAGUGCCGACAAGUUUUGGAACAAGCGCAAUGUGAACUCGACGCUGAAUGUGGUCCUGACCUAGCUUGCUUACAAGGAAUAUGUCGAAACCCAUGUGAACCAACGUCUUGUGGUAGCAGAGCAGUGUGCAGAGUAGCAAAUACAUUACCUUUCCGUACACUUGUUUGCGAAUGUCCCAAACCUCUUGUCGGUGAUGCUUCGGUUCAAUGCAGCCCAAGAGGUGAAUGUAAUUCAGACAGUGAUUGUAAUUCUGAGGAGCGUUGCCUUAACCGCGCGUGCGUGAGUGCUUGUGCUGACGUGACUUGCGGCUCUGGCGCCGAGUGCCGAGCCAACGCACACCGUGCUUCCUGUACCUGCGUGCCACCACUACAAGGAAAUCCCCAAGUGGCCUGCACACUCGGUUCGCCGGGUGUCGAGUGUACUUCUGAUGCAGAGUGUGGUGGGGCAGAGGCGUGCGUAGCGCAGCGCUGCGUGUCUGCAUGUGCGGGCGCGUGCGGCGCGGGCGCUCAGUGUGAGGCUGCGCAGCACCGCGCUCGCUGCCAUUGCCCGCCCGGCACAGCCGGUGACCCGGCGCGCAUCUGCUACACGCCUGAAUGUACAUCAGACGACGGCUGUCCAUUUGACAAGAUGUGUGUCAACAAUUACUGCCAAGAUCCUUGCUCACUUGGAACACCAUGUGGAAGAGACGCAAACUGUGUGGCUGUUGCGCACAUCGCUAGUUGCCGCUGUCCGCCGGGCACCCAGGGUGAUCCACGACGAGCUUGCGUUUCGGCAAUCUGCCACUACAACGAAGACUGUGACGAGACACAGAUUUGCAACCGACUCAAUCGUGUGUGCCAGCCAGCGUGCACUGAUCAAUCGUGCGCAUCUGACGCAGUAUGCACUGCUAGGAACCAUCGCGCCGUAUGCACCUGCCCUGCAGGCCGAACUGGUGACCCAUACAGUCGUGGCUGCAAUGUUGCACAAGACGAAACAGAGUGUUCCAAGGACGCUGACUGCUCAGCACCAUUUGCCUGCGUUAAUUCACGCUGUGUCGACCUUUGUCUUGAAAACCCAUGUGAUUCCGGACUCAACUGUAAGAUCGUAGACGUGUUGCCUUUGCGUGCCGUCGCUUGUGUUUGUCCCGAUGGUGGUCGUGUGGCACCGGACAACGGAUGUCGAGCUCCACCGGAAGCCGAAUGCUCAGUGGAUUCUGACUGUGCCAAUAGUCAAACGUGCCGUCGUGGAAGUUGCGUUGAAGCUUGUAGAGCCGACCCAUGUGGACAAAACGCACUCUGCGAAUCGAUUGAUCACACAUCGCGUUGCACGUGUGCACCAGCGUACACUGGUAACCCAAGAAUAGAAUGUAACACAAUACCUCGACUACCAUCGGUCUUCGAAUGCUUCAAUGACCAGGAGUGCGGUUCAGAACGAGCAUGUGUCGACCGCUCUUGCGUUAAUCCAUGUAACGACGCUUGCGGUCCUGGAGCAUUAUGCCGAGUUUUAAAUCACAAACCGCAAUGCAGAUGUCCUACAGGAUAUUCUGGCGACGGUUUUGUUCGAUGCACGCCACCUUCAGAUAUUCUUGUGGGCUGUAAAGCUAAUGCAGAGUGUCCGUUAUCACAAGCGUGUGUUAAUGGCGCAUGCGCUGACCCAUGCUCUUGUGGAUCUAAUGCGGAGUGUACAGUAGUGAGACACCAUCCCGUAUGCUACUGUGAACGUGGAUUUUCAGGAAAUCCCUACGUCGGCUGCACGCAAGUUGGAUGUACUUCAGACUCGGAGUGUCCUGACAGCGACACGUGUUACAACGGAGCUUGCGUAAACCCAUGCGUUGUCGACGCACCUUGCGCUAUUAGUGCUGAGUGUUUCGGCAAAGCACAUCGACCUAACUGUCGCUGCCCCACUGGCACAACUGGAAACCCAUACACCAGAUGUCAGACCGCUGAGUGUGAAAUCGAUACUGACUGUAACGACGACAGUGUUUGCGUGAAAGGAUCAUGCCGUAAUGCCUGUUCAAGCGAAGGUCAAAACCCAUGUGCCAACAAUGCUGAAUGUUUCGCCCGGAACCACGCAGCUUCAUGCAAAUGUCCAUUAGCACUACCACUCGGAGAUCCAUUAGUUCAUUGCCUAAAAGUAGACGUUAUUGGAGAGCCCGAGUGCCGCAUGGAUAGCGAAUGCCCUAGUGGCUACGCUUGUCUUAGAGACGAAUGUCGGGAAGCUUGUAACGAACUAAAACCAUGCACUGGUAAUGCCCGUUGCUCCGUUUCCGACAGUGUACCGUUCAGAACCCUGAUAUGUCGCUGCCCUGACGGAUUUAUACCUGAAGAGGGAGGCUCAUGUAAACCAGCGCAGUUGCCAGCACCCAGUUGUUCUACAGACCAGGACUGUGGUGACCACGAAUCUUGCGUUAAUAGAAUCUGUCGAAACCCAUGCAAUUGUGGCGAUAACGCUGAAUGUUUCAUCCGCAACCACAGGCCCAUUUGCUCUUGUCGAGAAGGAUUUGAAGGAGAUCCAUACCGCAGAUGUCACAUUGUUGGAUGCCGCAGCAGUUCAGAGUGUCAACCAACCGAAGCUUGCGUCAAUGGCAAUUGCAUCAGCCCUUGUCUUCUAAACAGUACGUGUGGACCCAACGCUGAAUGCUACGUGGAAAGAAACCUACCACUUUGCAGAUGUAGCCCUGGAUUCGAAGGAGACGUUUAUUUGGGUUGUCAUCCGAUUGAAUGUAGGAGUAAUGGUGACUGCCCAUUAGAUAAACAGUGUCACGCUCACAGAUGCGUAAAUCCAUGCCUAAAUGGAAACAUCUGUGGAACUGGAGCCACUUGCUUAGUCAGAAAUCAUAUGGCUGUUUGCAAAUGUGAACAAGGCUACACCGGAAGUCCAUACGUAGAAUGCAGGCCACAAGUAAUUGCAGAAUGUUACGUAGAUGCUGAUUGUCCAUCAAGGAUGGCUUGUUUGUCAUCCAGAUGCGUUAACCCUUGUACAGAAUUGAAACCUUGUUCUACUCCGGCACAGUGUGAAGUAUCGCCAACUUUACCUGUUCGGACCAUGUUAUGUACCUGUCCACCUGGCUACGUAAGUAGUGGCGGAGGAAUUUGCCGACCUGCAACAACUUUUGCCGAUGUGAUUUGUCAUGCUGAUGAUAACUGCACCGCUAAUCACGCCUGCGUAACAUCCGUAUGUAAGAACCCUUGCGAAUGUGGCCCGAACACAGAUUGUCAAAUCAAAGAUCACAAACCAGUGUGCGCCUGUCAACCAGGCUUUGUGGGUGACGCUCGAACUGGAUGCUACAAGAUCCUAUGUCAGUCCGAUUCUCAAUGUUCAGAUGACGAAACGUGCUUUAACAGCCGUUGUAUACCAGCUUGCUCGGUCGACUCCGAUGUAUGUGGCGAUUCUGCUGAAUGUUACGGCUUUGAACAUCGCGCCUCAUGUAGGUGUAAGAUUGGCACGAUAGGCAAUCCAUCCGUCGCUUGCUCACCUAUUGGCUGUCGCGCCAACUCGGACUGCCCUCCAGAUAAAUCAUGUAUUAACUCUAAAUGUGUGAGCCCAUGUAAUGCGACUACAUGUAAUGAACCUGCCGAAUGCAGAAUAUACCUACAUGAAGCUCACUGCAUUUGUCCUCCCGGAUACCAAAGCACAGAGCAGGGCUGCUUGAGCACUAGACAACCACAGUGCAUCACAGAUAUCGACUGUCCAUCAGGAACCGCAUGUUUGAAUGCCAAGUGCGUAAACCCAUGUAAGGAAAUAAAGCCGUGUGGUCCGAAUGCUGAAUGUCAAGUCAUUGACACCCUGCCAGUUAGAACUAUGAUCUGUGAAUGUCUGCCCGGAUACAAAGGAAAUGCUCUCGUCGAGUGUACUUCUAACAAACAACCGAUCCCGCAAUGUGUAGACGGCCAAGGCAUCGACUCGAGUGGGAACUGCGUGCCAUGCCGUGCUUCAGACGGACGCGUGCUAGACGUGCGCGGGCGCUGCGUGUGCGAUUCGAGCCGCGGCUACGUGCCGCGCGGUGACCGCUGCGAAGAGCGCGGCUGCCGCGCCGACGCGCAAUGUGACGACCGCGAGCGCUGCAUCAACGGCACCUGCGUGGACGCUUGCAAAGCUGAGCCCUGCGGCACCUCGGCCACGUGUGACGCUAUUUUCCAUCGCUCGCACUGUACUUGUAUAGCCGGCUACACAGGCAACCCGCGUGUGCACUGCAAUACCACCAAUCCACCGGUUUACCGCACAGAUUUCCCUCUACCCGACAUGCAGGUCCACUGCCUUGCCGACGGUGUUCGUGUUAGUCUUAAAAUCAAGGACUUCAACGGCGUGCUGUAUGUGAAGAGCUACAGUAAGGAUGAACGCUGUCGACUAGCAGUCGAUACGCCUAAGGACGAAGAAAGUAUUGUCGACUUCACCGUGCACUUCGGCGAGUGCGGAUUAGUGCACGUCAAUGGUCUAGCAAGCUUCGUCUUAGUUAUGCAGAAACAUCCAAAACUAGUGACAUCGAAUGCAAAGGCGUUCCACAUCAAGUGUAUAUACCAAACGGGCGAGCAAAACGUGACACUGGCGUUCAACGUGUCGAUGUUAACAACAGCCGGCACCAUCGCUAACACCGGCCCGCCACCCACCUGCUCCAUGAGGAUAGUCUCCCGCUCCGGCAGCCAAGUCAGCUCCGCCGAGAUCGGAGAGAACCUAGUGUUGCAAGUCGAUGUACAACCAUCAAAUAUCUAUGGUGGAUUUGCUCGUAGCUGUAUUGCGAAAACAAGCGAAGUAGCUACAAAUGUUGAAAAUGAAUACCCAGUAACUGACGCCGAUGGAUGUGCCACCGAUCCAUCAAUCUUUGGCGAAUGGGAACGAAGCGAGGACGGCAGCGUACUGCGAGUCGCCUUUAACGCUUUUAAAUUCCCAAGCAGUGAUAAUAUACGAUUCCAAUGUAAUAUUCGCGUCUGCUUCGGCAAGUGCCAACCGGUAAAUUGUCGUGGCGCUGACGCAUUUGGCAAACGUAGAAAACGUGAAGCGAUCGACAGUAGCGCGUCGUCAAGCCCCGCGGGCCAGUUCCGUGAAGAGGUUACCGUCGAGUCGAACCAGAUCCUGACGCUGCAGCGUCGCGACACGUCGCAGGUAGCGCGGCAACGCGACGCGGGCAACGCGGGCGGCGCGGCGGGCGCGGGCGAGGUGUGCGUGUCGGCGGCCGGGCUGGCCGUGGCGCUGGCGCUGACGGCGCUGCUGGCGCUGGUGGCGGUGGCGGCGGCCGUGGCGUGCUGGCUGGUGGCGUGGCGUCGCGCGCGCCCGCCGCCUGCGCCUCUGCCGCACCCGGCCGACUUCCCCAACCCGCUGUUCCAGCGCUGAUAGCUAGUCGCGGCCGCGCUCCUCCGCCGGCACCGGGCGGUGUCGGUCUUCCUCUCUCCCUAUCUCUGUGCUGCCGCCGGAGGACCGCCGGCCUGGGGCACGCCGGGCGCCCACUUGCGCUCGCCGCGCCCCGCCCUAUUCUAUAUUUUAUAUAUUUUUUUACGUUUUACUUUUACUAAUGUGGCAUCCGUCGCUCUUCGAAUUUUGUGAUAUUCAUAUAAAUAUUCGAAAUCACCAUAAUUGUAUGUAAAAUAAAAUAUCGAUUAUUAAAUAAAUACCUA